CCAAGAUGGCGAAGCUCGGUGAUGCAGAAGUGGGAAGGAAAACUCACGUUAAACUGCCUUGAAAAAUGGGAAACGUAACAGCCGGAGGCGUCAACGAAGGAGAAGACGAUGAAAACGAGUAUUUUGAGGUAUUGUUUUUGUUGAAUUGUUAAUUGAAUGUCCUCCGCUGAUGCGAUGAUUUUUGAUCAUCUUGGCCUAUGGAUUUUACAGCCGAAUUCAAGCUUUGGAUAGGAGAAAACCCGCAAGGAAAGUAGUCAUUUGUUUAAAAAAAAAAAAAUUCUUUAAAGCAGAUGAAAUUCAUUGCCUGAAAAAUUUUGCAACGGUAGUUUUCAUAAUGGAGUGUACUUAAAUAAUACCAAACCUUUAUCAUUUGCGUUUUGAGGAAGUAUGACUUGAUUCGCAGAAGAAUGGCUUUGGAAUUUAUCACCAUUGACUGUUUAAAUAACUUCCUAUAUUCUUUGUAACGGUAUAGUUUUGCAUAAUAAGUCGGCCGCUUUCAUUUGGCGUUGAAUUUUUGGCGUUGACUUGCUGCAAGAAGUCAAUGCAUUUUAAUGUUAUGUUCCAAAUUUAAAAAAGCUUUACUAUUUGCCCUAACAUUAAUUCUUAAUUAUGAUAGUCUGGUUGUAAUAUAAUGUAAUAUAUGCCUUUUGAAGGAGGUUUCAGUCAAAACAAUGUAAUUGCCGUGAAUGCUCAGUGUUACAUUCCCCAUACAAUGAACAUCUCACAUAACAAAAGACAUUAGUAGGUAUGGUAAAGCCCAUGAUAAACUGCACUCUCAUUAUACAUAAAUGAUUCUCCAUUCCCUUAGCCUCUUACGCAGAUGUCUUAGGGUGGGAUGCACGAUGAAGCUCCGAAGACCAUCUAUGUAAGAUGUUACCAGUCCCUUGGCACCUGGUUUUACUGUGGUUUCCCUUUUAACCAGAAAGAUCUAGAGCCAUGCAGUUGCAUAAAACUCAGUGUCUGAAAUAACAGCAAAUACCUGAUAUUUGGCCCAGUCAAACUCUUUAUUUUAACUUCAGAUACAUGUCAGUAGUUACAUCUGACAUUACCUUACGUUUCACUUUCCACAAUGUUAGGUUGAGGCUUAGUGUCCUAAUCUGCAAAAGGAAAAAGAAAACUGUUAAAGUAAUUAUUUCCAAAUUUUCCUUUCUAUUUUGAUGCAGGAUGGACAGGAAGCAGGCUCUGGCUCAUCAGGUAUGGAUGUUAUGGUUAAAAGAAAUUUAAUUGCAGACCAAUAUUUAGGCAAAUGCACCUAGUGCAAUGCUGUUUUAUUCCUUCACUGGGUGAAAAUAUUAUUAUUACUUUUGUUUGGAAACACUGCACAAAGUAUUUGAAAUCUUAAGUCUUGUUGUUACAUCUGUAAAAAAAUAAGGUAUUAAUGGUAACCAAAAGCUUUUACUCUAGAGAAAUUUCAUAUUCCUCCACCCCUCCCUCCCCUCCUUCCCCUCUCUACCCUCUAUCCUAUUUUCUUGCUCUGUACAUAAGGCUGUUCAAUCCUGUGUUAAAAGGAUAACUAUUCUUCAAGCAGUUGGGUCGAAAUUCCCCAACAUUAUGGAAUGCCACCUACUGAUAAGAGUGUCGGCUGUAAAAUCGCAGGGUCCAUGACUAUUUGUGCACUCACAAAGGAUGCCGAUGCAUGUCGCAUCUUUUGAAUCUCUGAGUAAGGUGCUAUAGCUAGCUUCUUGUUUCCACGAUACAGAGAUAAUUUAACUUAAGUAAAUCGAUAAUUUGUCUUCUGACGAGAUGAUCGUGAGAUGCUUUUGCACUACUCUCCCUUUUAAUUAGGAACUGCAGUUACUCAACUUUUAAAUUAUUCAGACUUUAUGAAAUAUUUUAAAGAUUUAAGCCAGUAGAAUAUAUAGAAUGCCAGAAAAACAAACAUAAAGUCGAAGGGUUUCAAACAGAAAGGUGAUCACCUAAAUUACAUGUUUGUUUGUCUUGUAUUUCCAUUCCAGUUACUGACCUGUUUCCAAAACUUUUUUUCGUUGCCAGCUGAUAUCACUGAUCAGGGAGCUUUAGACCUUGCAGUGCUGUUUGAUCAUGGCCUACUCCGGGAUGCCGCGUCAAAAAUCAAGUAAGAGAUUGCUUAAUUGAGCUACAGAUGUGUUUAUCUACAUCACAAACUCUGUCCUUGUUUGUGGUUAUGUUUUGUUUUUGUCUAAAAAUAAUGGUAUUUACAAAAAUUAAAUUAAUAAUAAUUCUUGCUAGAAAUUUGCAACAAUAGUGAUCUGCAUGAAACAGGCAAAAAACCAAGUCCAUGUUAAAACUGUAAUCAUUUUACAUGAACAAGUUGGGAAUUGCAGUGGAGAAUUUUUGAAAAAUAGUUUCAUCGUUGUUACCCUAUUAUACAUAUGAAUCAAUGAUAAAGUAGUAAUUUCUCCCUAAUUUUUUUUUUGAAGAGAGGAGCCAAGUGAGUCAUUUCUGCAGCAGCAUUCCUCCAGCAUUGUGCGAUGGCUAGAAGAAAGAACGUCCAGGCAUGAGGUUAGUACUGUAUGCUAGCCAGGUGCUUGUACUUUGUACUUGUCAAAGUUUUUGCUUCAUAAUUUUACAAAUUUUAUUUUAUUAUUGAAUAUAUAAUUACCUUUUAUUGGGUUUUCUGGUUGCGAUUAUUCUUGUUAUUUCCCAAAACCAUCUUAUAAAAUUAAUAAAUUAAAACAUGAUAUUUUUCUUUACUACAGGAAUUUGUCAGCCUUUCCCAGUUUACUGACAUGUUAACAGGAAGAGGAGCAAGCAAGGAAGACUGUUUAGAGGUAAUUUACAUAUUUUUUGCUGUCAUUUACUAUUAUUCUUAUUUAGCUAUGCUUUUUUUUCAGGUACACUGUAAAUUUAAAUCUGUGCCAGUUAAAAUCUUUUUAACUCAUCAGUACUAAUAUUGAUAGUGAGUUCUUAACUACACUAGGUAAUAUAAUGGUAAAGGGCAACUCUGUCGUUUGUUAUGCUUCUCUGGUGACUGUAGUCUAUACUCUAUUCCUUGUGAAGUGAAGAUCGCACAUGGAUCAGAGUGGCCUACAAACUUAGUUGGCCCAUAUAUAUUUCUUUGUAUAUACCCCAUGGUGUCCAUCUGCCUUGACGUCAUCAAGUGUGAUGUCACAGAGCAUUCUGUUUUUCAGGCAACAGCAGACAGCAUUGGACCAAGUUGCCAAAGAUGUGAUAAAUUUCAACAGCAGAAGUAUAAUAUAAGAUGUUACACAUAGGUGUUAGAUUGUCUCAGUUUAUAAUUUUUACAAACUCAUCCAAAAUAAAAUGCUUACCGAGCUGGUUCCUUUUUCAUUUGUAUAGUUAUUCAGUCAAUUUGAUGCUGAAGGAGAAGGCUUUGCAGAUGUAGAAACAUUUUUGGAGGUACUUACUAAUUUCCCAUUUAUUUUAUCAGUUAGGGUACAUUUACUCGUGCUAAAGUGUUGUUGGUCGUAAAAGUUCUAGUAUAUUCAAAUAUUUUUUAUUUUGUUGCUAUACUGAAAAUUUUUUUUUUGCCCUGGGCAAGCAAAAUUUGAGCACUUCUCAUUCUUAGGAUGAGUUGAAAUAAUUCAAUUUUUAUCUAAGCCCUGCACAAGCACCCUAAAAGUAGUUUAUCUUGUUUUAUGUCGUGGUUUCAUCUCUGAUGUUAAUAUUGUUCCUAGACCUUGCAAGCUUUUGGUGGUGGUAUCAGUGCUAAAGGUGACUUGAGGACUUCAAUCAAGACACUACAGAACUGUUCUCUUACACCAGGUACAUGAAAAUUAUACUGAUGCACUAAGUUAUUUAUUUAUAUAUGUAUGGUGGGAUUUGAUUCAGGGCUUCAGUGGAAUGACCUGUCCUUAUCUUGAGAAAUUUGACAUUUUUAAACAAUUCUGAAGAUUGUUUAUUUGAUUAUCAUCAGUUCUUACCUUAAGUUUUCAUUUAACACUGCAUAUUCAUAAUAUAAAAAAAAUGGCAAUUUACAACAGCUUUGUAAAGUUUCAGCUGUAUGUAGAUUUUCCUGAAAAAGAUAACUAGUUGUUAGUAGCUACUUGAAACCUUUGACAACAUCAAGUUCUUCUUGUACAGCUGUAAUAUGAAUAUUGUUACCAUUAGAGGGUUUAUAAAGAAAAGCUAAGAAAGUGUACUUAAAGCUAAGUUAAGCUGCCCUACCACCACAUACUGCACUUUAAUGUCACAUUCAUUUCACCAGCUAGGUUUGGACACUAUCAUGUGGGUUUUGGAGAACAAGGCUGAAAGGUGAAAGCUAGAAGUCAUCUCCAACCAACAUGUGUGUUCAUAUCCCUGGGUGGGUACCAUUCUUGGGGUGUUCAACUCACUUCCUUCUUCUUAGACAGGGGCGGAUCCAGGAUUUUUUUGAGGAGGGGGUGCACUCGUCUCUUGCUCUACUUCAACACCAAUAAACCACAUGGUUUUUUUUUUACAGAAUACCAGUUGUAUUAGAAAACCGUAGGUCAUCUCAGGGGGGGGGGGUCCUCACCCCCUGCACCCUCCCCCUAGAUCCGCCCCUGUUAGAGCAAGUUUCCCUUGGCCCUACAAUUUACCAGUCUCUUGAAGAAUGCAAUCUGGAACACAGCUAAUAGUAACGUGAAUAAAGCAACUUCGUGCAAUUUAUGUACUCUUAUAUUUAAGUUCUUAUUGAGGAAAGACAAUUUAAACUUCCAAGGCUAUUGAAAUAAUAUUCAUGCAGUGAUUUCAUAUUGUCAGGAUUUGUUGAUGUGUUUGCUGAUAACAAAGAAGCAGUUGUUAAUCAUGGACAUAAGUUACUUAAGGUAAAGUUAUAGGAGUUGUUUGAUGCUGUAAUCUUAUUAUGAUGGUCGUGUGGCGUGCAUUGUAUAAUGGUUUUGCAAAAUUCACUGUUAAAGGAAAGAUGCCAUAUUGGUAAAGGUUACCAUGAUUUAAACUGUCUCUAGGUACAUUUGAUAGCUCAUAACAAAAUAAUGUCCCUUUGUAAGUUUUUUUUUUUUGUCAGAAAAAAUAGAUCAGGAAUUGUACAUCUAACACAGUACCCACCAAAUAUUAUACCAUGAAUUAAAUUAAUAUUACUAAUUUUUUACAAGUAUCCUAAGAGAAACACGUACAUGUAUCAUACUGAGAUAUAUAUGAAAUCACUGCUUUUAUAAAGAAAUUCUGCAUGCCAAUUAAUAUUGAUAUGUUAAAUAAUUUAUUAUACAUAUAUUUCUUCAGUUCUUGCUGAGAAACAGGGCCAAUAGCACUUCUUUUCCCCUACCUGCCUUGGAGGGCUUCUGCAAUACUUCAGAAAUGAGACUCAAAGUGUUACAAGCUCACAUGGAUGCUUUAAAGGAAAAAGGUACAUGUAUAAAUUGCUCAACACAUCUUUAAGAUUUUUUAAAAAUUGGAGAAAAGAAACUGCCAACAUUUCAGUGAAGGGAAGAAGGAGUUUUAAAGCCAAAAAUAAAUUAUUCAUGGUGGUUAAUUAUCAGCUUUAAGUCUUUGACUUAACAGGAUAUAUAAAACAGAUGCCAUGGGCUUAAUCAUUACGUUUAGUUUAUCUGGUGCAAUUUUCUUAUCUGUUUUGUUUUUUAAUCCUUUUGUUUUUCAUUAGCUGAGGUAAAGAAGCAAGUCCCUUCUGUGGAAGAGGGUGAAGUGCUGAGACCAUUGUUAAAAUGUUACACAGGAAUUGAAGUAUCCAGCAACAAGGGUGAUGUUUCAAGGUGACUGGUUAUUGAUGUUAAGUUUAUUUUCUUUACUUGUAUGAGGGUUCUAUCUGAUAUACAAACAUUUUUCUAUAAUCAGUUGUUCUCUUGAUUAAUACAUAAGAUGUGGAUUUUUUAAACUGUUGGAAUAACACAUAACUUUUGUGAUUUAAGAUCUGUAUUGUUAAGCUUGUCUCAGUUUAUUACAUGGAGAAGGGAAAGCUAUCCCAAUUUCUUCUGUAUCCUUUUUGACCUGUAACCUAUACUGUUGAUCUGCUAACCCUAAUGUCAAAAUCCAUAUGAGGUACCAGGAUUACUCUAAGGCAUGCCCUUAUUUGUGAGUUAGAGGCAAAAUUUGAUGCAGACUAGGAGUCCUUACCACUAAAGAUUUGGAUGUAACAACUCAACUGAAUAAUAAUAAGUGUAAGAGCUGUGUUUUGUUGUUCCUCUACUUAGGUUAACCAAUGGUGAUGCUAGUUCCUACUGGCAAUCGGAUGGCCCAGCUAGAUCUCACUGGAUUAGGUAACUGGACUGAGAACAGUUUAGAGUUCAUAGGCAGUAAUGUUUAAAAUAGCUUAUUGAUGGGGUCAUAGUGCCUAAAAGCAUUGUUAAAAAGUUGGAUUUUGUCUGCUUGAGAUUAUGAUUAAAGACGAAUCAAGUCACACUCUCUUUCAACCACCAGAUUGUGCUCUCACCCUUGCUUUUCUUUGUUUACUCUGUUCUUUUUCACAGCAGCUUCUGCUCAAUUUUUCAGGUUAAGAAUGCGACCUAAUGUUGUUUUGAAGCAACUUUCAAUCAAUGUGGGAUCUUCUGACCAAAGCUACAUGCCACAGCAUGUUGUAGUUUCAGCAGGGCGAGAUGAUCAGAAUUUGAGAGAGAUCAGUGACUCUAGGAUUCCCAGGUAUUGCUGCACUCAACUUUCUACUUACAUACCAUACUGAUAGGGAAUUUAAAUGAGGUUCUGUCAAUUUUCAUUAAUUGAGUGGUAUUAAUUUGAAAAGUUUGGUGAUUGCGCUUUUGGGAAAACUAUAAAGUAUGUUUCCUGACAAUCCUGAUAUUCAAAUUACUUGCCUGCCAUGAACUACAUGUAGCUCCUGCUUCAUUUCUCCUGAACUUUAGAAACAUAAAUCCCAACAUUCAAAUAAAAUGCUCCUGACCUGAUGAAGUUUAAAUAGUGUUAUCACCUUUCCGUUACAAGUACACAGCGCCAAAACACAAUGAUGUGAGGCUCUGAGGCAAGUAGGUGUGUCAAAUUUGUUAGGAGUGGAAGUUUGAUGUCUUAGUGGCUAGUGUAUUGGGCUAAUUUAUUAUAGUUAGAUUUGAAUGAUAACAUGUGACCAGGUUAGCUUUAGGUAUCCUUUCAUAGCACACCUUGAUCCAUCUUUCAGGGUAAAUGUAUCAGCUACAUUCUAACUAACAUGUACCACCUAAAUUGCAGAGUUGUAAUGGAAUCUAACACCUCAAGCUAUUGUAUGCUAUGUCCAGCGGCUUGAUUAGCUUCAGCUCUGUGGGUCUGUUGUGGCUUGUUUAUAAAACUGUCAACUGGAAUUGCAGCUGCUGGGGUGACUUUGUAAAUUAAGCUCACAGUACUUCUGUAACCCAAUCCAUGUAAUAAUUGAUUCUAGCUUAUUUUCCAUUUGCUUCCUCAGUCAGUUCAAUGGAGACUUUGUUUUAGUUGAAAAUGUGAAAAUUCCUUAUCCAGGUUAGUCGAUAGUCAAUACAUCAACCUGGUGCACUACACAGCAAUGAACUAGACCAUGCUGCAUUACGUUACAUAGCAUCACGUGACAACAGACAGCAGAAAACAGCACAGUGUUGUACAGUGCAGUUCAACAUAGUUGUAAUCCAUUUGUUGAUGAAAUUAUAUCUUGUUUUUGCCAUCACCCAAAUGACUUUAAAUCAAUUUACCCUUUCAUGACAAUUAUUUCUCUCUAUUUUGCUUCCUUUCCAGCACCACAAUUGUGAUUAUUAGUCUUUUUGUCUCUACAGUAAUACAAAUUAACAUACGGAGAUGCCACAGUGAUGGAUGUGAUACAAGGAUACGAGGAAUCAAAGCCGUAGGCUAUAGGUAAUUGCUUUGCAAAAGUUGCUUUCCAGGUACUUUUUAGGAUUCCAUUUCUAAUAAGAAAAGGUUACGCAGGGAAUAAUGGUUACAGUUUUUGCUGUGUUUUUUUCAAGAUUCAGUCCUAUUUCUAUAUGCAUGUAGUGCUGCAAUGUCUUUGAUUUUUAUUUUAGAGUGGAUAUACAUUAGAAUACUUUUCACCUUGUGCAAUGUUGUGUACUUUUAUUCAUAUUUUCUUUGUGUCUUUUUGUUAAAGAGUUUUAAAGAGCAAAGGUAUGAGUGUCAGUGAUGCAUCAGCAGUAUGGUUUCUGUCUAUUUUGGGUGCCACAGCCUCAGCAGCUAUGCCUAUGGCACCACAUCUUAGGGAUAUUAUCUUGGCUCAUACAAAGUAAGCAAAGAACCUUGAUACUCCUAAUGUAACAAAAAAAAUUGCAGCAUGUAUUAUUAAAGAUGAGAGCAGACUCCCUGUUCUCUCUAAUUCACACACCUCUCUGUGUUAAAAAUAUCAGGUAAUUCAGUUUGGGAUAUAAGUAUAAUUUAUAUACUAUUGACCAGUACCCCUCCAAUCGCCUUAUUUCAUUAGUCCCUAUAACCUGCACUACCUAUUGUUUUCAGGGAUAGGGGCAUUGUUAUGUCACCAUCCCUAUUGUUUUUUCCAGUCAAUCACAAACCUUGUUUGGAAUCGGAGUAGGUCGACCCAUAUAUGUUGUUGGUAAAAUCUGUUUUCAGGUUAAACCAGGAUUUCCCCUGUCUCCUAUAAAUAAUUAGGGUUAAGAAACAAAGGAAUUUCUGAAUCAAACUAGAUCUUGAUUUUACUGAUUUUACCUAAGAUCGUUUUCACCCUCAGCAUAAUGCUACCAUUUGGCCUGCAUGGAGCCCCAGCUACAUUUCGGAAAGUGUAUGGUGUUCUCCGUUUAAAAAAUAUAGGUCCCCUCCUUAUUUGUUAAUUGUGAACUCACUUUUCUAAUUUUCAUAUGUAUCUUAGUGAGCUUUGCAUUUUAAACUAAAUAAUGAUCCCUUGGGUUAUGUGAUUGUUCAGUAAGAUCAUUGAAAGUUCACAUUCUCAAGGGCAUCAUUUUAAAGCUUGCCUUUUCUUUUCACCCAUAAAUUGUUUUUUUGUUCGCUUGUUUUUUUUUCUCUCCAAUUAAAGGUCUGCUUUGAGUCACAUGAAGCCGAUGUCUUUGUCCAUAACAUCACCAGACAGGCCAGCUUCUUUAUCUCAGAAUGUCCUUGAAGAAAUUGAGAAUUUUUUACUGUCUAUUGUGCGGUAAGAUGCUGUAUAUCUUAUACAGUACACACAGAUCCUUUCACUAUUUGCAGUGCUGUGCUUUCAUAAACAAAGUUUCAUAACAGAAUUUGAACCUUACAAAAGAUCAAUAGCACAGUUUUUUAAACCCAAUUUUUCUUGUCCUUAUAAAAUUUUAUGUGAGCCAUAAAAGAGACAUCCUUGUCAUGCAAUUGAAUCUCUUUUCUUUUGUUCUGUUCUAGACUUGAAGGUUUAAUUCAACCAGAGGGUUUAAAGAUUUUAUUGGAAUUUACCUUAGCGCGUGGAAAUCUAAAGAGUAUUUUUAGAGUUUUAAAAUUAUUAUAUGGUAAGCUUUUUACUCUUGUUACAUGUACACCAUUCUGAUAUGGUAUUUUCUGAUAGCUUUUUGCAUCAGUGAUCAUUUUUUCUUAUGCUGCCAGAAACGUACUGUUUUUACUUGACAUAGAUUAUUUGCCUUGACUCAAUAAUGAAUGGCUUGAAGUGGUGCAUGACAUAAUGUGUGCAAUAUUUCCAUUUUUAGAAAUUGCUCACGAAGAUUUUGCUGCUUCCGAAAUUGUCAACGCACUUGAAGAUGUCCAUCUGAAAGCAACAAAGCAACAUGGUGAGAACAAAACAUUUUUUCCAAUAUAUUCUGUCAGGUCAGACCGUAUGCUGUGUGCUGUGUUUAUUCAUACCGUGUUGGAAAAGAUUAACCAAUUUCGCUUCCAAAUCAAGGCAAUUUAAGCUUUACAGAUUCUGCUAGUGUCUCUAAGUGCUUGGUUUUAACUUUGUGUGAGUUGGCUGUUUGUUCUUGUGUUUGUUGAUAUAUCGUUUUUGUAGCUAUUGAUCUCACCACUACUUUUUCUUGUGGAUAUUUUUCUAGGUGGAUAUUUAAAAAUGUCUUUGUCAUCAUGUGAUGGAGGGCACAAAGACAACCUUUCCAAACCAGAAAAUGUUUUGACAGACAACUGGUCAUCUGAAGGUAUCGUGCACUUUUAAGUGACAAUUUCAGUUUUUGAAAAUCUGUUAAGCUUGUUUGAUAUAGACUUACCACAUAAUAACAAAUUCUCUUACCAAGGGCCUGUUUACAUGGAGGUGGGGGACCCCAGAUAGGUGAGGUAACAUGUGGCAGGUCGCCCCACCUAUCAUGUUAACCUGAUCAAAUUAAAACGAGAGAUAAAAAAAAUUGUACAUUGCUUGUUUACCUACGAAGCACUUAGGAGUUCAUAUGAACUCGUUUAAACGUGUCCGUGCAUUCCAGAUCGAAUUGGAAUUUGGAAGUGUUGGUUUUGGAUGUUAUAUGGACAGGCGGGUUACCCCACCUAAGCGGGUUACCUCACCUACCUGGAGUCCUCCAUCUCCAUGUAAACAGGCCCUUAGUACCUCAGCAUUGGAAGGUGACUUAACAUUAAUACACUUAAUAUUUAUUUCUUCCUCUAACUCUAGCUGAUCCGGAUUUUGCCAUAAAAUUACAUUAUGCCCGUAUCUAGUUGCUUUUGGAAUUUAUCAAACAAAGGCACUAAAUAUUUUUGAAUUUUUUCAGCUUACUUGUCAGAAAGUGGAAAAACAACGGUGACAAUGAUGUUUUCAAGUUCAGCAUCUGUUCGCGUCAAACUGACUCGAUUGAUUAUCAAAGUAGGUCAAGAGUGUUUCUUCAUCAAAUCUAUUACGGAAUGUUUAACCACAGGUAGCCUAAGCUCUAAGUCUAUUGCCUUUGUAACGUAAUGGGAGGGUCGUGAUAGCAUUGCGUGAUUCGUCAUUUUGCACAUGUCGCAAAAUUGUGCAUAACCUUUUUUGUUUUACUUCCCCUUCUGGGGUUAGAAGGUGUAUUAUGGGAGAUGUGCAAAUGGAAAAUAUAGAAAAUAUAAGGAUUUGUAUCGGGGAAAAAGUGUGCAAUUCUCACGGUAAAAGUGAGAACCUUAUUAUCAUUAUUUUUAAAUAAAUAUCACGAACCUUUGGAGAUUUGGAGCCAUGUAACAUGUAACCCGUAGGAUCAACUUAAUGCUGUGACGUAUCUUUUUAUCUCCCAGGUUUCCAAAGGACCGAUCGGUCCCUCUCAUGGACUUGUUUUUGUUCUAGAUGAUCUUAAGAGGUAUGCGUAACUCUUGUGUCUGCUAUUUGUCUUCAUUGUCUGAUGUUUUAAGAAACACAACUUAACAUUUUCUGUUUUGCAAUGUUUAUUUCAGAGAUGAAAAAGAAAAAGAGCAUGAAGGAGAAACACAUGAAACAGAUUUUCUCAGCAAGUAUAACAACUGGAGUAAAGAGACCUACUCUAGUUUUCUGGCAAGGUGCAUUUCCACUUAACUUUGCUUAUUUGUGUCUAGCAUACCACUGGGCGUUUCUUGAAAACACUGGCCCAUUCGCUGUGAAUCGUGUUCUUUCUUAAUAUCUUUUUGCUACAUUUUCACCUUUUUUGCAUCUUCGACUUAAUUUCUAAAAGUGUGUUUUCUUUGCUUUCCAGCCACAAAGACAAUUCUGAUAUAAGCCAUGAUGAUCCAGUGGCUUUCUUUGCCCUUGAAGAAGACUGGUAUGCACUAGCGAGUACACUUAGAAUAUUUUCCCUGAACGGAUUUUUCUGUGUCCCGUAAAUCUGCAGACACAAAAGUGUUUUUUUCGUAAGGUAGUUUUAUGUAUCCUUGAACUAUAGACACGGUGCUUAUUUGCGACAUAUCGCAAGUCCAUCUUGGAGUUAAUGUCUUUUAGUUAAUUAUUAUUUGUCAGCUACUUUAUUUUCCUACUACGUACAGUUAUGUAAAUAUCUUAUAUAGUGUGAAUAAAGAAUUGAAUUGAAUUGAAUUGAGUUGAAAAUACGACGCUAAACGUAUCCUUGCCUUUUCAAUUAUUGAACAGUUCGAGAAGGUUUUUUUAACAUUUUCUUGAUAAUUGUGUUUCACAGAUGAAACUGCAACAUGUUUUGUUGCUUAUUGUGUGGAUUGGUUGUUGUUUUAGUUUAUCGUCAUUAGUGCUCUAACAGUGUUAAAUAUAGUUUGAUUUCCUUCUUGACUAAUUUCAGGGAUGAGGUUGAAAUCCAUGUAGACCGAGUUUUGAUAGGAAAGGUGAGUUUGGUUUGCUGCUUUGGGUCCCUUCAACAUUACAGAAUAUAUCCAGACUGAGCCGAAGUGAUCUCACAUGCCGUUCUCAAAUAUUCGCUUGUUUCCAUAAACAAUCGUCUUUGGUUUGUUAUGGUCCCUAUCAGUUAUGACAAGGGGGAGCCUAGUUUUGCCCUUUCGUGUCUCUGCCAUGCUAGCCUGGAGGUGUCACUCACAAAGUACCUUUCCUGAAUGAGGAGUGGCCCGCCAUACUCGGCGAUCCUGUGUAGACUGAUUCCCAAUUUUUCAUUGAUCCCGUAGGUUUUCACUCACUUAAUCCUUCCAUCGCUCUGUUACUUCUGGCUCCAGUAUAUAAGGCAGAUACAACUAACUCACGAGCGCAAAUACUCUUUCCUUGAUUCGUUGAAGUAUCGAAAUGCGGCUCAGCUCUAAUGACUUCGUCCUGUUAUAUUCUUUUUUUAAUAAUCACCUAUAACUAGUAUUGUGAAUUAACUGUGAACUGUUAGCCUUUCCCAGAUUGUGUUUUGAAAAUCACCCUUAAGGCUUCUUAUUGAACAAGAACAUAAAGUUUUUUGGGUUUGUUUGUUUUCAUAGUAUGUUGUUCUCAAGUUCUUGGGCGCAAGAAAAGAAAGUGCAGAAAGGAUAGGCGUUCUUGGAGUACACUUCUAUGGUUAUGAAGUCAAGCCAAACUGCCCUUUAAACGAAGACUUGUACUUGGUAAUAUUUUUUGUCCGUAUUUCACGCUUAUGUUUCAACUUUUCAAUCCUCUGUUGCGGGUGUACAUUAACACUGUUAAGUAUCACUUUUGUUGUAAAAAUGACGGACACGCAACAGUACUAUACAGGAGUUAGUUGUUUCCAACGUCCUGUAAGUAGCAUUCGAAUAAAGGUGAAUUUCCACUGUUGCGUAAUUUUUUUCGGCGUACGCACGUAAAUAUUACGCGCGAAACGACAUAGAGUCAGUGUAUGGAAGGUCGCGCACAAAUGUAACGGUUGAAACUCGCUCAACUUUUACGUUUAGGCGCGGCUUUACAUACAUUGACUCUAUUUUAUUAAUGGGCGUAAAAUUCACGUGGGUACGCGGAAAAAAUUACGCGACAGCGGAAAUUCACCUUUACUCUCAAAUCCAUGUACAAGAGACGUUUCAACGCUACUAUCUCUAUCCCGUUAAUAAAUGUCGUCAGACUAGACGAAGGGUAUUUACGUUGAAAUUUACUUGAAGUUGUCAUUGGUUUCGAUUAGAAUGAUGUUGCUCCUGUUCCAAGUGGUCAGACAGUGGAUGGCUCCACUCUGUUUAUCAGAGUUUUAUCAUUUCUUGACGAAAUGGCAAAGGAUCAGGUACUACUGUUUGGUGGUUCGUACAGUUUUAGCUUUGUUAAUGUAUUUAUUGUAGUCAAGUUAGUCGACAUGCAACAUUUUACAUGUGGCGUUAGCUGUAUCGGGCGCAUGGGCUACUUCGUUUUUCUCGCACAGAAAUCGUAUUAACCUGCAGCAUAAUACUAUAAAAUCAAUGCCGUCACAGCCGAUUGUCUUGGUCACAGCUCGUUCGUCCCUGAGGUUCAACGAUCUAUAACGUAACUUGCCUAAACCCUCUGGUUAAGUCAUUACUUUUCCCGAUUUUGUCGGCAUUUUGAGAUCAUUCUAUCAUAUAUAUAUUUAUAUAUGUUUAAAUUCCAGAUUCACGUUAAAUCAAGACCAAAGAACCCUCCCAUGUAUAAAGAGAAGGUGCGUAUAUAUAUUCAUAGAAUCAUAGCCUCCAUCUUUUCACACUGAUGAAUCCCGCUGUACACAUCCAAUAUCGUCUAACAUUGGUAGAUCCAACAAGAUUGAAUGAUAUUGGUGGCUUUUAAUUAGUUUAAACUCAUUUAGUUCUGAUACAACAUCAAUCAACAAGGUCCAAAAUGAGCCAAUAAAUCAACGAAUAGCGUCCAACAAUGUUGGAUGAGGUCGGACCAAUAUCUUGGAAUGAUCCUGAAAUGAUCCUUUGUCCUUCUUGGAUAACUCUGCGUGAUUUAAAAGCGGCAAAUGUAAGUGCACGUGCUUGAGAUUGUUUAUUCCUUCAUAAUUAUGACAAAAUGAAAAACAGUGUGGCGAAGAAAAAUGUAUAGAUCUAUUUUCGCCGAUUUUCGCCUCAUUGUUGAGUACUUCAUGAGAUAUUUCCGGUCGUCGUUCGUUAUUGCAUCCAUAAAGGGCGCAACAUAAGCAUCAUGUCAUCUUCGUAUUUGCCUUAUUUGUUUUUGAUACUGCGAAUUCUUCAUUAUUACAGAGUAAACAUGCUCAACCACGUUCUCUUUGCAUUGUCUGUUUUUGUAACAGUGAUAAAUAUACUGUUCUUAUAUCCUGUUUGUAUGUAAAGAGAGUUUGGUGUAACAUCUUAGACUGACUUAUCGUCCAAUUUUUUAAAUGUUCAGGAGGGUCAGCUAGAGUUAAGCAGUGUCAGUCUUGAGCUCAUCUGGGAUGUUUAUACACUUGUUACAAGCAGGUAAAUAUCCGCAUCAUUCCUCGUAGUUUCCAGCAAGCAAGGGUGAUCUUAACUCUAGUGGUGACCAACUCAGCAGCAAGGUUGAGUUUAAACUGUACCAACGAACAACGACACAUUUAAAUAAUCAAUGAAAAUGCAAUCUAGGGAGUCUAGCGACACUUUGGACUACAAGCAGUGACUACGGAAGUGUCUAGUACGGUAACGGGAAGUAAUUUUUUCCCGCCAAGUAGGGAGUUAAAGACACCAAGACGGCGUUAGUGGGGAAAACGUCGCUUAAAAAGUGAAUUCGCAUUAUUUUCCGAGUCUUUACUGCGAUUAUUCCAACUCAUUUACUUUUGAAAUGCAGGUGGACUCUUCUGAAGUUGAAAUCAUGCAAUAAUCCCCGACAUCGAAGAAAUGUAGAAAAAAUGUGGUGUAAAUUAUGCAAAGUUUUCAAGUUUUGUCAGCUCUUGGUUAUUCACAGCACUUGGUGAAGUAUUGACCUCUUUUCCAUCUACUGUAUUUUGUGUAUUUACAGCUGUACUUUUCAGAAGUUAUCAAGGAUGACAAAAAAAAAAGGAUAAAAUGCGUAUAUGAUGCAAUUUUGUUUUAAUCACCGGUGCACUUAGCAUGAAAAAUACACCUAAAUACUUACUUACUUCACGACCACAGCGUGAAAAUGUCUAAUUGUACGUUUUGUGGGGGGAGUAAACAAGCGACGACAAAAUUUUCUCUUUCUAGUUCGCCUACAUUUGGCAAAGAAAGAGAGUUAGAAUUAUCACUUUAAAGACUGAAAUAACGCGACUUCUAUUUUUAAUUAAAAAGCGAAGUUUUUACUGCUCUCGCGAGGCACUGAGGGGUGGCGGGAGAAAAUUACUGCCGGUCUCCACUACUUCCGUAGUCGUUGUUUUAGGUGGCUCGACUGGAUUUUUUGGGGUUGAUACUACCCAAGUUUGAGCAUUAACUACGUCGGCAUGAGUAAAGAUAUGAAAAAAGGUUACCACAACUGUAUUAUAUACAGAUGGAAACUUCUUCUGAUCUGGGUUUCAUUGCAAUCGGAGUCGCCAUGGCAACGUAAUGACGCCAUUACGUUUUUCAUUUAUCGUUGUGUUUCUCUGCACCAGGAGUUUUUUGAAAAAAUCGCUUAAGGGAGUAUGUACCUGCCAUAAUUGCCUCCAUUAUCGCAAAGUUUGAAGAAAUUCUAUGAGAGCGUUUUCGAAAUAUUUUGAAAUGCAGUUUUAAGAACCAUCAAAGCAGUGAAAUAGCAUGCUAGCCGCGAAAUUCGCUAAUAUUUUAAGAAAAUGAUAAGCUUUGGAAUCGCAGCUUCAUCUCAUAGUGGUUUGAUUCCAUUCAAAACUGCAUACAAAAAAAGAGGGGAAUUGCUCUGGGCGAUCGCGAGUAAGAAUAAUUUUAUUAACUUGUAUUCAGCUGCUUUUGAUACAGUUUUUGGAGGUAAUUUGGUCCAUGCCUAAAAAUUUCGCAUUUUUCCAAAAACCGCUCGAUAAUUUUUUUUAUAAAUUCGACAAUCCCGAGAUCAAUCGUCAAGAAAUAUUAUGGUAUUGUUUUCAAGUUUCAUAUGCACGUGCACAACUAGCAAAAGAUAUAAAUUUGCAUAAUUAAUAUAUUCCAUGUAGUUAUGAAUAUCUGAGUGCGGAGUGAAGAAUUAUAUGAAAGAAGAUCAUAGCAAUUAUAAACGCAACUUUUACAGUUGCGAAAAGAAAGCCUCAAAAAAAAUUCAGGCUCGUACGGGAUUCGAACCCUUGACCUUUCUUUUCUGGCUCGCUUUUCGCAACUGCAAAGGUUACGUCCAUAACUGCGAUGAUCUUCGUUCAUAUCUUCAUCCACUUACUUAGGCAUAUGAAACAAAGCAACUUCAUUUCAUCUCUCAGUUCUUAUUUUUGUCACUCUUCGUAACAUUUCUUCAGGUCAGUAAAUUACCAGUCCUGUUGUUUUGGUUUAUAGGGACUUGAAACACAAGAAAGUAGUUGUGGCGAGUCUGCUCCUUCUUCGUCUGUUAUACCAAAGCCUUCCUUUUCUCAAGUCUGGUCUCAGGGAUUUAGCUUCUGAUACCUCCGAUAAAGCCGCGUUUGAAAAGGUGUGGUUACUGAAACUAUUGCCUUUACUAAAAUGUUAGUGUGUAAAGUACUAAUCGCUAAUUGAGAACACUGCUUUCAUCUCGCCUAUUGGAGACGGUAUCGCUAUUCUGCAAUGUCGUUAUUUAAAAAAGACACCAAAAACGCACUCUAUGCAUCUACAUAGAAUGCCACCAAGGUUCCAUGCAAAUUUAGACUGGCUUGCAUGGCUUGCUAGGAUUAAUUGUUUUAGUGCAUCAAGUCAUUAUUAUGGCAACGUUAAACUGUGAGAACAUCUUUAAAUUGUCCUGAAAUAUCAACAGGUCGACAUUUGUUAUGCCUUCGAACCUCAGAUUCAGUUUAUCCAGAGUCGAGUUGGGAUAUUAUGUGUCUGCAGUCUUUGAUGUUGUGGAUAUCUGACUCACGAGAUUUAGCUACAAAAAUAAUAUAUUUUUCUUCUCUUUUCUGCAGCAGCAUCAACUCUCCUCCAAGAUUUUUUCUUACUUGUGUGAAGUUGUUGACGACGAUAAAGAUGUUUAUGAUAAAAAGAUUUAUGAGAUUUCAAAACUGAUCAUACUAGAGGGUAAAUAGCCUAUUUUGAUAUAAAGCCGUUCUCUGUGAAAUCAACUCGCAUCAAGCUUGAAUUUUUCCAGAUUUACCCAGUUGUAGCUGCAUUAAUUAGCAACAUCUUGUCUUGCAGUUCUCCCCCCCCCCCUCCCCCCCGCCCCCUAAAGUUGAAACUAGGGAAAAUUUCUGGAUACACUCGUCCAAAUUUGUUUGCGAGGUGAGGGGAGGGGCUGGGCGUAUGUGAAUCGGAAAGCUGGAAAACGCCCCAGAAAAGCAAAAGUGUCCCAAGACUUUUGUCCAUGUUUGUAGUUCUACUAUUCGAACGCUAGUGUAGUUUCUCAGUUACUUCAUGGAUAGCUGUAACAAGUGGAAAGGUCUUUAUGCGGUUUUUUUUUAAGUCAAAGUGUUACCAAACGUGAACUUUUGAGUGGAACUGAUGACUUUCCUGGUUCUUGCUGUUGCAGGAGCGGAGAUUUUCUUUCCGGACUCACAGACGAGACGAAACCACUUAUUGUCAAUGGUGGAUCAAGUGAUGGAGGAGAAGAAGGCAGCAUCUCUUGGACUCACAUUUGAGUCGCUCUGUAGAUUCUUUAGUAAUAAAGAUGCCAGCGGUCUCUUAGGACUUCCUGAUAAUGUCACUGCGGUAUGUUCAUGUAUUAUCAUAACGGAAUGGCCACCCUUGUUAAUUCAUUUUAUGUCACAAGUGGUAUCUCCACCAAUCUAUGGUUUUACAAGCCUGUUUUAUCAGUCACUUUGACUUAUCCUUUGAAAAGAAUUUUGUUCACAUGUAGUGAUCGACAGUUCAACGUGACUGUUCAAAUUAAAGUCAGGGCUAGGUAGUAGAAAGGGUGCGUUGCGGGGAGCUAUUAUAGCUGGCGGCUGUAUUGAAAUGGUAGACUACUUAUCACAAAGAUGUUGCUAGUUCAAUUGUCUGGCCUGAUUUUACCAUGUCUGAGUCAAUGUAAGCCUUAACAAAAUUUUUUCGUCUUGCAGGAGUAAUAGUAUUUUAUUUGUGCGUUUUUGUUUCAUAUUGAAUCUCAAUUUCAAUUUUUUCUGAAUAAUGUAUACCUCCUUCGCUUAAUAGAGGGUCACAAGUUUAUCAGUUCUCAUUGUUACCCCCUCUUUAAAUAAAAUCUCCACGCCUAACCGGUUACAUGGUACACUUGAAAACUUUAAUUCCUGGUAUCAGAGAAAGAGUUUUAAACCAAAAUGGUUUUGAAAGUGUUGCCACCAAGCUAUCCUCUGAAACGUUUUUAAAUAUUCCUUUGUACAGUGGUAAUGAAUAUAAACUAUACUCUUAUGUUGCAGGAGGGGUUUGACUGUGGUCCUGUAUUAGCUGUUAUGACCACACUUUUGACUGUAGCAUUUCAAGAGGUAGGUAUGAUCAUUAUGAAUUUGUAUUUAUUCCACGAAUCAGCAUUGAUCAUGAGUCUAAUCUGAUUUUUUAAAAGAUAGCUUUGACCACUUUUUAAAAGUUAAGUUAAAUGUCAAUUUUUAGUGCCUUCAUUGCUUGGAGUCAGAGGAGAGUGGUCACAGCGAGUCAGCAUCAAACCUGGUUCAGUUACUAUGUGCCAUGCAAAGAAGUCUAUUAACAUGGUGCAACGUACAGAUUAGAGAUGGAAGUUCUUUUGGGCACAGCGUCGCUACUUCUCUUAUAACAGACUGUAAGUGCAGUUAAUAUUUUCCGAAAGUUAAGGAAAGAAAACGUGACAAAAGUGAUGACGGUUCGCGGAGAUCUGAAAGCCAACUUGAGCAAUGACAGAACUGCAAUUUGAGCAACGGAGGUGGCGUUCAGUCCCUUUCGCGCGCUUUCUCCCCCUCAUUUGACGUUGCGUUGUCUGCUUGCCCAUUUUGUUAGAGUUAAAAACUUCAAAGUCAGUUAAGUGUAAAGGGAAUCUGAAUUGUCCGUCUGUUUUUGCAAGGCUUCUCGUUCUCUAUAUUUGGCGUCACUUGCCAAUCUUUCAUUCAUACUUGUACGUUACGGUCCAGUUCGGCGAUAUUAGAGAAAAAAAAAUCAUUGCAUCUCAUUUCUAUAACUUCAUUACAUUUUUUCUAGAUCUGACAUAACCUAUUGUAUACUACUACACUUGGAUUUUAACGUUGCACUACAAUAAGCUAAAAAAGAGUUGAUCCUAGAAUGGCAUAUUAAUCAGUCUUUCAUUUGUUGUUAUUGUUUUUGCAGAUGUUGAAAUAUUAGCCAAGAAAGUGUUUCUGUCCCUGCAGGCAGUGAAUGAAUCACGUGACCAGCUGACUGUGAUUGACAGACUUGAACAUUCUUACGUUUCCGCGGCAAUGAGGCAGCUGGUAUGUUAAUUAUCUUAAUUCUUGUAUAAGGCAUUUUCUAUAAGGCAACCUUUUGCACCUUAUUCUCCACUGAACAAUGAGGCGUGAGCACAAUGCCGCAUUCGACUGUUAUUGUACCAUGAAAGAGAAAUUUCAAACACAAAAUAUCAAUUUUAACACUGACAUAUCUUAGUGUUCCGAUUUAAGCCAGAAAUAAGGUGAUUUCCUUUGAUCACCCGAGACAUAUUUUGCGCAGUGUAGCCCUUUUACGAUCAUUGAAAUUAUCAAAUAAGAUGUGGUGGUUCAAAAUCUUAGAAUGCUGGCAACAUACGAGUUGUUAGUCUAUGCACAGCACUACCACCGUUGUAAAGGUUUUCGGUGUUUAAACGUCGUUUCGCAACACGACAGUUUCUCUUCUUAAUAUUUUCCAGGUUCUGUUUCUGAACUUGUUUACAAAUGUGGACGCCAUCUGCAUGCCGGUACUGAGAAGUCUACAGCCUGUUUGUCUCGAGUUAAAAAGGUUUUCAAAUAAAUAUCCAGAGCUUUUCUUUAAGGUAACGCUGCAAUAUUCUUGUUUGUGGCAGUUUCAAUUCACACUUAAUUAAUUACAGACAUUUGGAAAGAGUGUAUUUUUUAAAUGUUGUUUUGCAUGCAUUAUUUAAGAUUGAUUCUGAAGAAUGGAACAAGACCCAAGGACAGACAGUACUAAGAACUUGGGAAGUUGAAUCGUUACACAAUUACGAGAACAACCAAGACAUAAAAAUGGUUUGCCAAGUUUUCUAUUGACUUAAAAUAAAAUUAAAUUAACCCCUAAUAAUUCCCAAAGUAAAACGAAAUUACAAAACUUCAAAUUUCCUUUUUGUAAAAUCCUACGAUUUGAGUAAGACUUUCACAACGUUUUGCCAUUAGAAUGGAAACAUCGUGGAAUUAGGCUCACAAGUUAAAUAGUUAGAAUAAAAAAUCAUCAUGCUAUAACUUUGUGUAGGUUGUUGUUGUUGUGGUUUUUACUUGAAAAUACACUAGUUUGUUGUAAACAGGCUUAAAAACGAUGAUAAUAUAUUGUAUUAAUUUCUUAUUGGUUCAACAAUUUAUUCCAGGUGUUUAGCUGUCCUGGCUGUUCUGAAUUCACGGUUGAUUUUGAUUCUCGCUGUGAAACAGAAAGAAGGUUUGCGUACUUAUUUUUGUAUUAGGAUUUGUUAGCUCAUUUUGUAGAUGCUGCUCUGACCACACAGCCAUUUUCUUACCUCAAUCGAUAACAGUAUUAAAAACCAAAAUCAAGCCAGCUGGUUAACUCGUUGUCCGCUUUUUGGAUUCCAAAUUAGAAGCCUUUUAAAGUUUAAGAUACCACAGAGGCACUCUACAGCCAGUUUUCCUGUGCUAAUUGAAGUAAAUGUUGUUAUAGUACUUCUGAAUGAUUGUAUUCUUCUUCUAGAUAUGAUUACUUGGAAUUUACAGAUUCAAAUGGCAACAAGAAACGAUUUGAUCAAAAAGUUGACACAGAUAAGUGGCCAAAGGUAGGAUUAACAAUGUUUUGUUAAGAAUGGUGUUCUUCAGUGAAAAUCCAAAUUUAUGAUUGUUAUGUGCUAUUUUCGAACUUCCUUUAUUUGUCUCUCGUAAGUUUAAAUCUUGCAAUACUUAUUCAGCACUUCCUUUUUCUGUAGAGCGUUAACUUCAAAGCUGGGAAUCGUCUGCUUUUUAAUUUUCAUUCAGAUGGAAGUAACAAUGAAUGGGGUUACAAGUUCACGGUAAGCCUAGAAAGUUGUUUAGCACCAGCUGACAAGAUAAGGAAUUAUCGGCGAUUUAGUACCGUUAUUAUUAUUAUUGCCCGCAAAGCUGCUUGAUUGUCGUCAUGCAGCAACUGAUCCUGUUGAAUGUCGACAGGUGACCGCUAAAGGCUCCCCAGAUGUGGCGUUAUCAUGGAUUUUUGAUCUUCAGCUGGGGAUGGCUCGUUUGUUUGGUCAGCUCUGUAGUGCUGCCUUGGACAGUAGAAAAGGUAAUCAACCUUACAACAGCUAAUAUGGCGGCUAACAAAUUGCCACGUUAAAUAGACGCCUUAACAUGAUCAAACGAUUAUUAAAUAUUUCACAACAUUUCUCUAUGAAUUUUAGCCUCCCUAACUCCGUCAAAUGUUGUCAAUGAAGAAGAAACCAAGUUACUUCACAGUGAAAUAUGGACCACUCUUUUCCGUGGAGGAUACAUGACUGGAAAACUUCAAAGGUCUCUUUCUGGUCACCAUGUAAGUCAUUUCAGUGAUUUUAACUGAGUAUUAAGUGGCUUUACGGUGCGUCAUGUCCUACUUUUAAAGGAAUAUUAUUACAGUUCUACUAGAUCUAAAGAAUUUUGCAUAGUUUAACAAGACUGCCUUCACACGACUCUGGGUAGACUGUUUACACCCUCCCAUCUUGAUCCGUAAGAUCGUCGUCGAGAUCGAGCUCUCGUUGGGCGGCCGUGACGGUUUGAAAUAAACCGUAGGUGAGGGCGUGGGGAUUAGUGAGAAGCGGCAGAGCAGGGUUUGUUGGCCGCUCCCUCCCGCUCCCCCCCCCCCCCCCCCCCUCGCGAUGUUUUUUUCUCCCUCUCCACCCCCCCCCCUUGUUCAACAACAAACAAACACCCCCACGGACGCGUAAGAGGCGGUAACACCUCGCUACUACCAGACACAACAAAGGGGCGUGACUGUAUAUGGAAUGUGUAUGUGUAUGAAAAGACACCCUCCCGCGCCGCGGUGGAGCUCGUGAGCCCCCCCCCCCGUGCCCUUGCACAUGUCGCGCGGGCGCGUGCGCCGGUGUGGGGGCGCGGGAGGGGUGGAAAAAACAGAAGGAGAGGGGGGGGGGGGGGAUGUAAAAAGGGGCAGGGGGGUGUUUUGGGCGCCCCCCCCCCCCCCCCCCCCCCCCCCCCCCCCCUUCUAGGUAGAUAUUUGUACUCCUUUCCAGGCUGCACUUGCAUUUAAAGCCAAGAUAAACCAUCCCGGCGUUACAGUAAGCGGCAGUCCAUCUUAGCGAUAUCACGAAACAAUAGGGAGCUGUAAUUGUUAAGACUCUGCGAGAAGGCGGACUUGCUAGACUCGUCGGCAAGCUCUUUCUUACCAACAGAAAUAGUUCUCGGAAUGUCAGCUGUUUGUGUUUCCCUCCACCACAAACGUAGCACCACCGCGGGUUUUUUAACCUGACCCGUUUAUCCCUUUACGGCUUGUGACAGUUUGUCAAAUACGGAGUCCUCGAUGAACAAGCAGCAAAGAACCGAGGCCUUGAUCCAUAGCUGGCAAUGUUCUCCAUGAAUAUAUAUAUAUGUACCCAGAAUUUCGUUUGUGUCCUAUGAAUGAUACAAGGGAUAGGAAAAAAAAAUCUAAAUCAUACUUUUACUGCAAUCCUAGGUGAGGAAAAUGUAUUUCAUGUUGAUCCCCCUUUCCCCUUGAACAGUGUUGGGUGUUACAAGCCAAACACCUUUUACAGGACCUCAACUUUGUUCGAGGAGGAGUGGGGGGGGGGGGGGGGAUUCUUUUAAGGCCGGUUUUUAGGGGUUUUUUUUGGGGUUUGGCUGCAAAUUCAAAAAAAAAAAACUUUAAAAAGGGGGGGUGCCCCAAACCUUUCGGCCCAGGUUUUUGGGUGGAUUGUUGUUUUAACUGAAAAAAAAUUUUACCUUCCAACAUUACAAGUUUUAUUUUUCCCCCAGGCACAAAAAAAUAUAUCAGUUUGUUGUGUUCAUAAGAAAAGUAAAAAAAAAAAAAAAACACAUAUAAAAUUACUCUUUCUCGAGAGGCUGUGAGAAAAAAAUUUUUUUUUCUUUCCUCCCCCCCGUCCUCGGGAGUGUGGGGGGGGGGAAAAAACAACACCCCUUUUGGGGGGUUUUGGUUUGUGGGGGGGGGGGGGGGGGGGGGGGGGGGGGGGGAAUCUUGUUAAGGCCGUGUUUAUGAGUUUGUAUUGCAGGUUAGCUGCAAAUUCCAUAUAAAAACACGUUGAAAAGGGGAGGUUUCCCAAAACCUUUCGGCCAGGAUUGUAGGUUGAAUAGUGUUUUAACUGGAAAACAGAUUUCACCUUCAACAGUAUCAGUCUUGAUUUUUCCCACAGGCAACAACAAGUUAUCCAGUCGAGAAUUCGGUCAACUCAUUCUUGCACACAAUAACUGGUAGAACAGAAGGACCGCCUGAAGUGACAAUGGAAAAACUUAUAGCGAAGUGAGUAAAAUUGUUCGCGUGAGCGACAGUAACUUAAAGAAACGUCCACUCCUCCAUUCAGUUUCAGAGAUCGCGAUUUUUACCGGACUCAAGAAAUUAACACUUCAUAGCAAAAUAGAGAAGGGAGAUGUGACUCGAAAGUUAGAAUAACCUUAUUACGUGAUGCGUAAAUAUUAAUUUGGGUAUCCUUUCAUCAGGUGUCGUGAAAAGGCUCCUGGGCCCUUUAUAGGAGGUCCUCUGGUAGACCAAGCUGUAAAUGCUGUGUUUGCUGCUCUUGUGUGGCAUUCUCAGGAGUUGAGGGACCAAAUAGUGCUGUUUUGUAAGUUAAUUGUGUUUUUUUGGCUGUUUUUAGCUCUCUUUUGCCACGUGGUAUCAAAAGUGAAUCUUCUAUGUAACAGGUCCCGAAGGUUAAUUUGAAGGAUUAUUAAUUAAAAGUGCCAGCAAAGUUAAAAUAGAUCAGAUUUUAAUCGAUUUAUCUUUCGUUGUCUCUUACCUUUUAACUCGGAAACUAACAGUUUGCGAUACUCAUUCUCAUUUAAAAAUUCUUGUAGCUUGAUUGAUUGAUUGAGUCAAUGACUGAUUUUUCAUUUGUGUAAUGUAUUCAGCUAAUAACACACCACCAGAAGCUGUUCCAGAAGGCGUUCAAGAAGCUUAUUUAACAGCUGAGUCACUUAGGCGUGUACUGGUAAGCAAGCUCUACUACUGCGCCCGCCAUGAAAAAUGUCUAUAAAUGAAAUGUGUGCUUUUUUAUUUUGGAAAAUUCAAUUUAUUUGAAAGGGGUGUCUUAAAGCUCAAAUCGUGGAAACGACUUUUAUAUCAAAGAUAGAAAGUACAAAUUGCCAAGACGAGCUAAAUUCUCCUUAGAACCUUACAUUUCAUUACUUGACGUCUCUGCUUUCAGAACGUACCAAACUAUGAAGCGCACAUGCAACAGACUUGUUAAAGUUAUGUUGUUGUUGUUGUUAAGAUUGUUUCUGUUUCUUUAAAUCACUUGCGAUGGCAAUUAUGGAGAUAGAGGGCAAAUUCUGUGAUCCCCGCAAAACUUGUACUGCAGUGUUUUCACAUGGCGGCGCUCCUUGCCGAUAUCAGUACUUUUCAAUCUAUCGAUUUAUUGGCUACUCACGGCAGCUGGAGUAUUACACCUAUUUAAUUUUAUUUGAUUUAAGGGCCGUUUUCUUUUCCGUCCUCGUCGUGGUUGUUAAGUCUUCGUUAACACUCUUUCAAGUGGUCGUGUCGCAAAAAUCCGUGUAUCAAGCUGCUCACCUUGUUCUGCAGUCAUCCAGUAAAUGUUGGUUUAAUUUCCAGGUUGAUCGUCGUCAGCGUCUCAUUUUACAAGCUGAAGAAGAGUCUAACAAUGAUAAAAGCCUACCACAGAAAACAGAUCCAGACAGCCCUGGUAAGCUGCUGCUGCUUCCCGGGCUCCUUUCAUGAUUCCUCAAAACUGAGACCUUGAUACAGUUCACCACUAUUUAUGUUCUUUACAUUAUUUGUUUGCAGUGAUUGCUUGCAAGGAAAAAGCUCAGUUCCUUCUCAAGUUUGCUGGGCUGCAAAGAAUAGCUGACAAAAGCGCCGAGGUACUUCCUCGUUACAAUGUCUUGUUACAAUAGCCGUUCGAUCUCCCUACAUAAAUAAGGAGGAAGGGCCUCUGCUUUCCGCAGAGUAUUUGUACAUAGCUUUGGGUUGCUUACUUCCUGUAUUAACUGUGUACAUUGCUUUAGGGAAGAGAGAACAGGCGCUCCAAGUGGUUAAACAGGAAGUCAUCUUGGCAACGAUCAUCUUCUGAACAUGGAGGAAGCAUCUUAUCAGGACCCAGACAGGUUAGUGAAAACUCUGACCACUGAACUGAUUUUGGUAAUUUAACUACGGAUAAUUUCAAGUGAUACCAUAAUAAUCUUUUAAGUUUGGGCUCUUAGUACGAACUGCACGUGCUACACGAACGGCUUCUCGAUUACUCGCGCUUUCAUCAGGACAUAAGUCUAUAGUUUCACGGCUAGAUAAGGGACUGGACCCUACUUACCCUUUGAUAUAUAUCUGAUACUUGUUUUUCGCAUCGUGUUAGUUUCAUUUUAUCCUCUCAUCUUAGAUAGGAGUCCAUUGACUUACGGACAAAGUUAAAUGAGCAGCUUUAAUUGACUGUUACACAGAAUGAUGAAAGGACGAAAUGAAACAAACACAAUGCGAUAAACUAGUACCAGAACUCUAUCACUGAGUUAGUAGUGUCCAGUCCCUUAUCCAGCUGGCACUGAGAGUGAUAGACGUAUUAUGCUCCUCUCAGCAUAUUUGCAUUGGAACACAUCACUGCUAGUGCCCGCCAAAAAUAUGCUUUAGUUCAUGUGCUCUUUGAGUAAGAAGCGUCAGCUUCUUCAAUUUGUGUUGGAAAAUUAAGCUUUAAGGAUUUAGUAUUUACCAUAAAAAAAACUACCUUCUAGUGUUAUCUACCUACACAUAUUCUAAAAUUACAGUCUCAGUGCUUCUCAAACAAAAGAUACUUGUAUAAUUACGUUCAGGUGAAGCCGCCGCUCAUGUGAGCCCAUACAUUAAAGGGUAUUAUUGUGAUACUCGCAGAAGGCUAUGACCUCAGUUCUACCUACCACCUUUCCUUUUAAACCUCGGGGCCGCUGUAGGAAUCUUCUUCAGACUGUAUGUAGUAUUACCUCCAUUACUUAUUUUACGUUUUUGCCGCAGAGAACACUGUCUGUUGAGGAAAUCCGGACCAUUGACAAGCACCCUGCAUUUAAACUGAUUCUGGACUUUGUGACAAAUGAUUCUUAUUCUCAUGAAAGGUAACUUUCGUGUUUAUUGAAGACAUAACUAAUGUGUAUUCAGGUCUUUAAAUCUUCAUACUUCCGUAAAUACUAGAGUAAAAAAUGUUUCAUGAAGUGAGAUAAACCUUUUGUUGUGAUAUUUUUUUUAUGUUUUCAUAAAGGACACAAGCCCUGCUUAAGCAGAGAGUGGAACAUGCUAACACUGUAGCUGAUAUUUACCUAUUUGCUGCUGAGUUCCUCCGCAUUUCGUCCGAAACAGAUCUUGUCCAGGUACGUGCGAUACUCACAUUUAUGUUGUACUCAAGCUCGAGGCAAGCAAGGAGGUAGUUUUUGUUUGAGAGGAAGAGGGGGUUGACAUGUUGAACGCGAUGUAAAGAGAACGAAAAGGAAGCACUAAAAAUAAGUGGUUAUAGGACUGGAAAGGUCGCAGGACAUACCUAGACAUGAAACACAGACCAGCAUCCAAGAAGCAUAAUAAUUUUCUCUGCUUUAUCCUUUUUCUUUUGUUUUGCAUUCUGUACAGGCCCCUGCUGUUCUCUUUUUACAACAGUUUCUGUCAUCUCAAAAAUACUUCCCAAGGUAAGCUGCUGUUUAGUGUUACUACAGUUAUUUUGACACCGAGAGAGAAAAAAUAUAAACAAAUAAACAAAUAAAUUCUCUGUUACACCAGACACAGCAUUUUUAAGAUUAUAUAAAGCGCACUAUUUACGUAGCUAUGCUGUUUCUGUUCCGGCAGCCACUAUGCAGACAAUCUUGAUGGAUGCGGCUUAAGUUUGGAGAGUAAAGUUCGACGUGCCUACUAUGCACUGGUCAGAAGAUGUUUAGAUGGAGUUAAAUCUUACCAUACACAAGGUUCUAGCCAAAGGUGCGUCAGUACUGGUCUUUCCUUUGCUGACUGAAGAGAGACUGUCUCCUAUGUUGAAUGUUUCUAGAAUUCAUAUUCUCAUUGUUAUUUUCCUAGUUGAUGGCCUUAUGCAAUGACGUAAUCUUUCGAAUUUCUGAUGCUUUUGUAGGCCAAGUUCUGCUGCAUUUCAUUGUUUGCGAGCGUUUGUUCUACAUCUACUCGAUACAGAGUGGAAGGUUUGUCUCUCUUCGAUUAUAAUCUACCUGUCCAUUUUUCUUUCCGCUGAUUGCUAUUAAGCGUUGGUGGUCCACGUUCGCUUCCAUCCUUUCGUUUUUUAUCACCAUCCUCGGUGCUUUCUGACACUGCUUGCUCAAACAGUCUUACAAUGAGGACGCCUCUCAUGCACGUCAGGUAAUAACCAACUCAAACAUUAACGUUCAAAAGGUUCUCUUGAAUUAUGUUUUGAUAGGGUUUUUUUUUAAAUUUACCUCCGGGAACUCGGCUAUUUUUCUUAUCCAUUGCUUUGUGACACAAGGAGUUUUGCGUAAUUUUGUUUCUCCCUCCUUGUCAAGUUUUUAAACAGUUUUUAUUUUUGUGUUGUCUUCGUAGGGUUACGAUCACACUUUCAUUCUCGAUGUUCAUCUGCCAGAGUUCCUGCUAGACACAUUAAAAGGUUAGAAACUUAAAACUGUUGCCGCCGAGUGGGCUUAAGCUUAAUAGAGCUGAACUUUUAGCUGCUUCAAAGCCUUACUGCAGGUUUAGGUUUCUUUUGCUUUACUUUGACCAGAGAUUUUGAGGUGAAAUUAAUCCCUAUCUUUAUCGGAUCUGUUUUGCAAAGUAAGGUUAACCAGCGACAUUUUUUCUGUAUUUCUAUCAUCAGACAAAAGAGAAAAAAAAUCAGUUAAACAUGUCACAAACACGCGUGGGAGUCAAUGUAGCUUAUAUUGAAAUGGCGGCAGUUGGAUGUAGAUAUAAGUAGAAAAAAUUGCAAAAUAGGUUCUAAGAUGUUGUUUUGAAUCAGCACAAGACUUAGUUAAAACUUUCCCGGAGGAAGUAAAAAUUCUGAGUAUAAUAUACAAAGUACAAUUGUUUGAAACUCAACGUUGAAGUUUUCUCAUUUUAUUUACCCCAGCAACCGUUGUGCACCCGAAACACGAUGUAAGGGACAUGAAUGAUCAGCAAGAACUGGAACACUAUGAAGAAGGCAAUAAAUGGCUGGAUGAAGCUAAAGAAAACUUUGAUAAUUGGUUUGAAGGCAUGAGGACUUUAGCACAGACAGACCAACAGAGAAGGGUUGGUAACCAAGCAUCGUAUAGACAGUUCGAUAAAGUAAUUCAAGGAGCUGUGUCACGGCUUUCGUAAAAAUUCUAGCCGUAGGAACCGCCACCAAAUUGAGUGAAACAUGAAAAUAAUCGCCAACAGAAGGUAUUGAUAAAUACAAAAGUAGGCGCGGAUGGACAAACUUCAAGAAGACUUAAACGGGUUGAAAUUGUGGGUUUUUGAAAAACUUUUCCGCCUCACAGUUUUUCAGAGUUCAUUUUUGUUGUUUAAGUAACGUUUGAUACAAUGCUUGGGAAGCAUAUUUGUUGAACAGGAAGCUGUGGGUAAGCAAUUUCUUCGUUAACGUUAAGUUUCAUAGCGUGUAAGGGACUGUAAUUGGCAAUAUUAACAAAAUAAACUAGACAACAGCCAUGAAACUGCAGCCUCCUUAACAAGAAUCAUCUGGUUUUAUGAAAGAACUGCAGUGAGGCGCGCUCUCUGAUUAGCCAAUGAAUAGUAUGCUAUUUGUGCAGGUUGGCGCUAAGGAAUACUGCUGCGUUCUGUGUUUCCAAUUUUUGUAGGCAUCCAUGCUCACGGUGUCUUACAUCAGUACUCAAGCCUGUUUUGAUGAGUCGUGUCACUGUUACGUCACGUUGUUUUGAUAAUUCUGUUAAUUCUGCUGUUUUGUUAUUCAGAGAAUGCAUUUGUUUGUGGCUCGCUUCUCCGACAGUCUUGACGUGGUCAUAACAUGUGAUGGCUGUGAUGUCACCCUGACAGGCAGGCGAUACCGAUGCCUUAACUGCAUGGAUGUUGACCUUUGCAAUAAUUGUUACAUGAGUGAGUUGGCUUAGUUUACCAGGUUUAUGCUGUUAACGAACGAAAUAAAAAAAUCAAGAAAUAACUGUUAAAAAGGAUUUACAAUAUUUUCAUAUUUUAAUCCCAAAUACAUUUGUUUCACUUGACCUGGGUGAGUGUAUAGAGUACAAAGGCUGUGAUAGUAGAGAUAGUCCCGACUGAAAAUGUAACGAGAAUUAAUAAAAAUCAUGGUGUGAUAAGAUUGGAAUUUUAUCCACUGUGUCUGUGCGUUUGUCUGAGGAGGGAAAGCAGCUGAUCGGUUUAAUAACUUUUUCAAACUAGUAUUUUCCUUUGUUUCCUUUGUUUCCUUCGUUUUUUCUUUUUUCCAGCUGGAGUGAAGCCUGACGGACAUGCAGAAUCUCAUGACGUCAUAGAUAUGAGGUGGUGUAGGAAGAUCUUGUUUGAUGCCUAACAGUAACUUAGUUUAUUUGUUUCCUCUUUAAACAAACACAAAUCCGGACAGUUUGUGGUAAAACGUAAUUGUACAUGCAAUUUCCACUGAGUGAAAGCGGAAAUGUGUUUCCUGCUACCUAGACCAUGCCCCUCGAGCGAUUUCGCGUUCGAGUUGGUAGGUUACAUGGUCGCCAAAACUCGCCGUAUUUUCUUGUUAAUUGGGCAGUUUGGAAUGUUGACAAGGUAAAAAAAGGGCUUGAGACCUGAGCAGCUACAGUGUACAGUUAAUCAGAGCAAAAUUUAGAGCAAAGUAAAUGGCAACCUCAAACAACACAAAAGUAAUCAUCAGUCAGACAAUGUUGCAAAAAAGGCAGGGGUGAUGGAUAAUGACAUUUGUUUUAAUUGCGUUUGUGUAACUGAUUUAAUUUUUUAGAUACAAAUGUGAUGGUUGCGACAGCUUUAUCGUUGGAACACGUUACCACUGUACUGAGUGCGAUGACUUUGAUUUAUGUUUUGGUUGCCAUUCAACGGGAAAGUUUCCUGGAAGGUAAAUACACAUAUUUUUUAAGCACAGAUCCCCAAGUUAGUAACUGCGCUGUGAUAUUUUGACUUUAGAGAUAUUCAAGGGCCAUAAUAUCUUGAAAUAUUACAAUGCAAUUAUCUAUUUUAAGUCGCUUUUUCGACCCACAGUGUACUUAGGUAGGCUGAAAGCGUGCUGGCUAAGAUGCUAUUCAUUCUUGUUUUCAGUCAUGAAACUUCCAUUUUUGCCUACUACGCUCACUCUUGACGUCUGCUGAAGGAAACAUCUUUUUUGUUGUAUUGACAGUUUGUUAUUUUAUUUUAGACACACUGCAUCCCAUAAGAUGAUGAAAUUUCCCCUUAAGACAGGUAAGAAGAGAUGUUUGUUGAAAGAAUUAGAACUACUAAAGCCUUCCAUUUCUUUCUGUAAAUUAUAUAUUUAUUUUCCCACAAAUUUUUAUUUAUUUAUUUAUUUAUUUAUUUAUUUUUUGUGAUCAACAUUUCAUCCAAUAGGCCAUUUUACAGUUGCGGGCUUAGUAUCCCAGCUUCUGAGGGAAAUUGAGGCUGAGGAUGGCCUUGUUUUGAUAUAAACUUCCUUCCUCAGUUCUCUAAUGUAAAUUUUACUUGAAAACUUCUAUUUGGCAUAAGAAGAACAUGAUUUACAUAAUAAAACUGGAAGAGCUGUAUCAAAACAAGGUCAACUCCAGCCUGGUUUCCACCUGUAACUGUAAAGUGGACUAUUUUACAUUAUCCAUUGAAAGAGAAGUGGAAAGAGCACACAAAAUCACCUCCAUAUGGUCCUCUGCAAGACUGUUUUGUCUGAAGUAUUUUGUGCCACUUCUGUUUAAAUGUGUGCCUCUUUUGAAUGAAUUUUCGUUUUAUUGCUUGUUGUUUUUUACAUAUUUGAAUUACAGACGGAGACACGUUCCCACAAAAGUAGCUUGUUGUUGUUGUUAUUUUUUAUGUACAACUAAUAAAUAAGAAUUUGAGUAAUGUGUGUAGCCCUCCAAUAGUACUUUCUAAUACUGUGCGUGUGCCUUAACAUAAACGAAAAAACUUUCUUGUGGUGUAAGUCCAUGUAACGUUUUGGAUGAUUGUUUUAAUGUGUUGAAGGUUCCUUUGUAGACACAACAGCAAAUGAUCCAUCAAUUCGUGUACAGGCCUACACCCAUCAUCAUGCGUGGCUUCAGUUCGCAGCUUUAGCGCUCACGCUGGCAAACUCCAUCAACGAACCAAACAAGUCUGGUAAAUACUGUACAGUGCAUGAAAUUGUUUAGCCUGCGUAGCUGACGUAAAAAGAGCAGGGGGAGGGGGCAGAGGAGAAAGAAGCGUAAGGGAAAAGGGAGAGGAUCCUCUCUCCUAACCCCCUCCCUGUUACUCCAUUCUCCCAAUCCCUUACCCCUUUUGACGCCUGCUACGCAGGGUAGAAAUUGUUUUAUUUUAUCACCUUUACACUCUAAAUAUUAGCAGAAGUGACAGCCUUGUUGGGAAGUUUUUAAAAUUCUUUAAGAAAGCGCUGGAAAGUAUUGCUCAAGAGGCUUCAUGUAUGUGGUGACAGCGCAUGAUUUUGUUAACAGACUCAAACAAUUGCAUCUCAAUCACAAAGGAUUUAUGCCACGAAAAGUUUUGUCAAUAGGCCAUUUGCACGAUGGCGUCAUUUUACUACUACGACUAGAAUCCUUUUCGUUUUUCCUUUCAUAUUUAAAUUUUGUAAUCCCAGUGUGGUUUAAAUAACAAAAGCCCUAAUUUGCACAAGAAAGCAAAACCCUGAAGGAUACUGGUCGUAGUAGUAAAAUGAUGUCAUCGUGCAUAUGGCCUAUUAGUGAUGUCUUAUUAAAGCGGGCACAAGCUUCAGUAAAUGUCUAACUAUCUUCCCCAUAUUUUGUAAAGGGAACCUUGGUGAAGCGGACUCUUAUAUGGAACAAACCCCAGUGACGGUCCCUCGUAUGUCAAGUCUGAUACUGUGUCAGCUAUGUACCCAAAGUCAACCUGCCUAAUGUUAAAAAAAAAAACCAAACAGCUUUCACCAAAGUUUGUAAAUCAGCUAUGUUUUCCUGUCAUUGUUAGGCAUUAGCCUCACUUACCAGGAUUUUCAUCUUAUAUCAUCUAAAAGUUGUAAUAUUUACAGCGUAAUUCUUAAUUAUGACGGAAAUUGUUAUUCAAAUUCAAGAACCAUUUGUCGCUUGCCUCCGUGUGUAAAUGUGUAGUAACCAGUUAAAACUCUGCUUCUAUUAUCAUCGUAUUAGACUACUAAUACAUUUUUCGUCUUUCUAUGCUUAUAGUUUUUAACGUAGAUUACCUACGGACCGCUGGCCUUCUCCACAUUGAUUGCCUUAAUUUAGUCACCAAGUGUUUAAGCCAUGUCUCGCAUAAACCAGACACAGGUAAGGAAGUGCUUGUGUUUAUACUCGAGUGAGGAAGUGCGUUCGUGACAAAGUAAAAGUUUUGACUUCUCCUUUCUGUGAACGAUAUAAUACCUUUUUACUGAGGUUGACGCCCAUUUUUCUUUAAGGAUUACUGAUAUAUAGAAAUAGUGUUGUUCUUUUAAGUUAAAAGUGUUGAACCCAAGGCAUCGAAAGCUGCUGAGACAAUUCCCGAGGGAGAAGGAGAGGGGGAAAACCCAGAAGCAGAAGCAACUCCAGAGUCCCCAUCUGUAUCGGAUGAAAAAGUAAAUAGAAAAAGUGCUUCCAAAGAACCUGAACAAGAUACUAAAGACAUUAAAAAGGUAACAGCGACAACAGAGCUAAAGGCGCCUGAUGCCAGCACUGCUGUGGCGGAACAACAAACAGCAGAUCUAAAGGCACCUGAAGCCAGCACAUCCGUAACGGAACUACAAACAACGGCAGGUGGUCAACCAAAUGAAAGUGUAGAGAGAAGUGAAGAACCUUCAACUGACAAUAAGAAUUCUACGUCAGCUGAAAAAAUUGAUGGGAUUGCUAAUCAGCAAGGGACAGUAACACAGAGCCCUGAAGAAUCUGAAAAACUUUUCCCCCCUGCGGCUCAAGAAAGGUUGUUAGGACUAUUGGGAGCGAUUCUACCACAAGACUCGAAGGUAACGCUCACAAUUUUGAUGUAGUAUAGAGAUACUGCAUUGACUCUAAAAUGUCUCCAUAUACAUUUCUUUCUCUGGCUCAAUGUACUUGAAGAAUGGCCCGUUACAUUAUGUCUACAUUGAUAAGUUCCAUUCUUAUAAACAAAUUAUUUCAUUUUAAUCACUUACUGAGUUCUUGGUGCUUAACCGCAGCUCUCUCAUUGGUCAUCGUAUUGUCCAGGAAUUGAAGACUUUCUGUCCGAGAGAUUUUUGCCAGCUUUGUUCAAGAUUAUCAGGUGCGAAACGAUUUUGUUACUUCAAUUCGCCACUUUUAACUGUGCCCUGCUAACAAAUGACGUGUAUUAACUUAUUCUUCGUCUAUAUGCUUUAACAGGGAUGGCAAUGUUGAUGAUAAUACAAAAAGUCUAGCUCUAGGUGUCCUUGGAAAAUUUCUGCAGUGCACUAGCCCGGGUGUAAGUGUCAAAAACAACUUUCUCUUUCUUUCCUUUUGUUGUUAUUGUUGUUGUCGUUUUUCAAUUUCCUAUACGUCUCCAGUUAAUUUUAUUCAUGCUUAUUGAUAGAUCUGAUACUACCAUCUAUAAAAACGUUUUGUAGUCGUUUUUUUUUUUCAUGCAGCGUUCAAUACACCAGCUUGUUCUUUGCAACCUAUCUCUUGUAAUUUAGUGAGUGAUUAAAAUUUUUAUUGUUUGUUUGUUUGUUUGCUGCCUACAGCUCUCCGAUCGUGGCGUUGCACCAUAUUCCACAUCGCCCGUCAAGACAGAAAGUGAGAGUAGUAGUGAAGAGAUUUGUUCUGGCAAAGCAACUGUUGAAUUUCUCUUCCAGCUCGGAGCGGAAUACCUUUCCAGGUUAGUUCAGCAUCAAAAGCGUAUUUACAAGGUUAACAAGUGCCUUGAAAGUCCUUGGAUUUCAUAAUAAAAAAAAUUAACUGUGUGUGGUCUUCAAUGUAGUCAUAUGCACUUAAUGGUUUACGGAAGGUAAUGACUCAUUCGUGUUGCAGAUCUGACCUGACGGCAUCGUCUGGAAUGGCAUCCACAUUACAACAGUUGGCCAGGUCAACUCAGUGGCAACCUAGUAUAGCAGAUCACGUAGGACUCUGUCUUGAACGCUUAGCAGAGCCUGCAGAGGUACAGUAAUGUGACUCAUUUUAUAACUGACAAAUUCACAAAAACCUUAAAUACGCGACUUCCCUUUUUAUACUACUACAUGAGAAAUUUCUGCAAUUUGAUUGGCUUAGAGCAGUGGUAUUUCAGCUUAAUUUGAAAUACCUACAUGUGAAAAUUACAAACCUUUUGUGGGUAGUAGUAUAAACAAAUAAUAGCAUGAUUUGUACGUGAUAUUUGGCAUAAAUACCACUCGUGAUAUUUCAAAAUUGUCUCAAAUUUCACUCGCCUAACGGCUCGUGAAAUUACGUAUAACAAUUUUAAAAUAUCGCUCGUGGUAUUUAUGCCAAAUAUCAUUACAAAUCGUGCUAUUACCUAUACUAACUGGUUUCUUAGACUUAUCUCACUCAAAAUUAUUAAUCAGUUUUACUGUAAUGUUAUUAAUGACUUGGAAUUAGCUUUAACAUACUACUCUGAAAUCCAAAUAAACAUGAAGACUGAAUCGAUUCCCUAUCCUUAAUUGUCUCCGAUCUAUUACCUUAUCCCGCCUUGCCCUCUUUCAAACUACGAGGGUGGAAUCGUUUCAUGCAACCGUCAAAGUUAUUCCAAUUAUUUAUUUUCAUUUAUUAUUGCUUGCAGAGCGUUGACUUGAGUGCUGUUUUUGGUCUCCUUGUCUUCGCAAGAUUUCCGGAUGUAAGUGAAUUUCCUUAACCCCCAUUCAUCAUUCUGUUUCUUCAGAACUUCAUCACUGUCGGUCUUCAGCUUGUCGCUCAUUAAGAUAUUUCAGCGAAUCCCGUAGCGAUUAGUAGUUACGUGGUCUUUUGUUAAAUGAUCGAGCGUUGUAAGUUUUACCAUAACUCUUGUUUGUAGGUUGUUCGGAUGGGAUCCGUGACAGAAAUGAAGGAUAUCAGCGGAGAGAAACGGAAAACUGUCGUUUUUAAACAUGUACCUGAAAAAGGAGAAGUCACUGUCGUCGAUAUGAAGACACGCAAAAGGAAAACGGUAAACGUUCAUUCUUUUGGUUUUCCUAGAAAAGUAUCGCGCUUUUCAACUACUAAUUCUUGCAGCAUUAAGGUGGUGCCGUAAAGGUCAUCCUUUCUGUAGUUUAUUUGUUUGACAAGAACUCAAGUGGGUAAUCGUAUCUUUGGUGUUGAAUGCUUACUUGCGUCGUACCUUUUAGACUAUCCUCAAAGAACUUUUUUGAGUUGAGUUGAUAAAGAAGGAACAACGCUUGAAACCUGGUGGUAAAUUGUUUUUUGUCCACUCACUCCAUCAAACCAUUUUUGUUUAUAUGUUUGUUUUGGCACCCCCGUCCCCCCCCCACUCCCCCCCCACCCUACCUAGCACCCUCCCCCCCCCAGUUUACUUAGUCUUUAUACAGAACUUAUGUGACAUUCUUCAUUCCGCUUAAGGAGAGCAAUUAUACACAACAGACCACAACUCUUCAACUUAUACUCACUCUCCUCCUAGUUGUUCUAUAGUUAUCCUUCUUUUUNUAAAAGAUAGUAAGUUUUUCCUCUUACUUUAAGUAAAUGGUAAACUAAGAUAAUAUUCAUAAUUCUACUGGGCUAUUAAAAUCGCUACCUUAGAUGAUGAAUACCGUAUUUUAGAGGGACAUUUUUGUAUGUUGAUGCUUUAUGUUUUUGCAAUAAUUUCUCUAAGAAAAUGUUCAGUUCAUAAACUCUCUUUGCCAUGCUCUUGCUUCUUCAUGUUUGUGUAACUGCAAGAGAGAAUGUUCUCCCUUGAUAAUUUUUGUCAAGUUAAAGUAAAACUGUCACAGGGUAUUUGAAAGUGAUUCUUCAUUAGAUUUUUAUUUUCUUCAUAAAUGUUGUUAUUAAAUUAAGUUAGGUUGGCAUUACUGAAAAUAGUGUAACUCUAUAGAACAGUUAUACUCCAAUACGAACGUUUGCGGGUAUUUAACUGUGUCAAUUGUUGUUUUUCCCUCUUUGUAAUAGAUAAAUCUGUUCCAGUUGAGAGAAUGUGGGUUCUUUAUUUAGCUCUGAAGGGACUUCUUGGAAAUGUAAAGGUACUGUGUCGUUUUCAGGGCUUAAUGACUGUGUUAACGGAUUUUCACGGAUCGGAUCAGGAGAAAUGUCCCUGAGUUAAAUAAUCUCUAUAAACAUUGUAUAGAAUGGAGAAAUUUAUGGAUUAUAAGUUCGUCCUGUGAAUUUAGCCGAUUCUUUUUCUUCCAGGCAAAUCCAAGUUUAAAUACAGAAUUGUUAUCCAGUGGUAUUGUUUCCUUGCUUGUUAAUAUUGCUUGUCGCGGAACUACGUUUAGUGGUCAGUGGAUUUUACGCGACUUGGAGGUAAGAACGAUAUCGCCGCAGUUUAGUGUUGGCAAGUUAUAUUCUGGUUUUGCUGUUGCAGAUCGUGGCAUGUAGUCUAGCUGACGUUCUUGAUCCUUGUCAACAGGUUCUGUCGUUAAAACUUUAUAAAUCAGUGCAGCAACCCUCAUCCCCUGCCGAUACUUCCCCUGUAAAAGAAGAGAGUAAACCAACAGCCAAAACGGAAAAGGAGUCCAGUGAAGCUGCCCCCGAGCCAGGUCCAUCAGUAAAAGAGAAUGAAAGUGAGAAGGAUCCAUUUGAUGGGCUUAAUGAUAUCACUAGGACCUGCUUUGAGGUUGGUUUGAGAUGAUUAACUGCAGGACUCGUUGCUGGAAUAAAUAUGACGACGGUUUUAUAAAGUUCAUAUACAAUUCAUACUGUUUGAGAAAUGAUGAGGAUAAUUUAGGUUGUAUUCAUAUGUAUAUUUUUUAUUCAUAUGUGCUUAACGUUGUAGUUGCCUUAACAUUUAUCUGUCUCGGUGGAAGUGAAUUAUUGGACCCAUCCUGUUGCAAUCAAGCGAGAAGUUUAGCAGCACUUCAAAAUAGGCAGUGAUAGUUGCGAAGGUUGCCCUUUUUAAACCAUGUUUGCGCAGUCUAAAGUUUGAGUAGCGGUCUUACGUGGUUCUUAUUUAAAGAGUGUUUUCUCUUCUAUUUAAUAGACAAUACACGAGGCGAUGCCGACCAUUCCCUUGUCUGUACUAAGAGCCUUGUUUGAGAGUGUAGGUCAAGAUCAAAGCCGACUUUUAGUUGAAGUACAAAGAGGGUAAGUACCUUUUAUUUCUGUCAUCACCGCAGCUACUGUAAAAAGCUUACUUCGUUCUUAAAUACUUUGAUUUGUUUAUUACAGCUUUGAUGGAGCUGUUUUCCAAGUAGACGACGAUAUUAAGGAGCAGGCUAAGAAAUGGUGAGUGUCCACACACUUUUCCAAUAUACAAUUCGUUUAUGCAUGGUCAUUUACGCUGCAAAUCUAUUUUUUUAUUAUUUUAUUUUUUUGCGCACCCAUGUUGGUUUGCUUGUUGUUCUCAUUGUUGUGUGCAGUAAGUUUUGUCCUUUUUUCUUUUUGUCUGGCUGGGUCUUAACUGGUUGCUACAGUAAACGAUGCCUAAACAAAUGCAGUCACUAACAAAAAGUAGAAUAAUUUACAUGUUGUUGAACUCUUGUGAAAGAAAGUGAUUAUUAGGACACUGCACAUAUACCCGGCAAUAACCCUACCUGCAAUUGCGGAACCUGUCAUUGUUUUCUCCUGCCAUCUUUCCCUCAGGGUUUUAUCUUCUGACAAGGUAUCAGCUACCGGUGCAACGUCCUCAGGGGCCGCUGUGGAUAUUGGCGUGGUGCGCUACAAUGCAAAAGACAUUUUACCCGCGAACAUUCAAGCCAAACCAGAAGAAGGCGAAGUAACUCAGAAGCUUAUUCCUACUCUCAGUGAUGCUGAGAUUGAAGAGGUGAGAUAUUAUGAUGCCAUUGUCAAAGGUCAAAUUUUUUUCUUUUUUCGGAAGGAAACAAGUCUCCACCGUUGAAAAGAGAGUUUAUUCAGUUGGUGAAAUUACAGUCGAAGUUGUAUUUCUUUUUCUAACUAGAGGAAAAAAUAUGUAUCAAUAUCGCGAGUGUGCCUCUGUUUUGAACGUUAACGGCUUCAUGUGGUUGUGAUGGUCGAUAUCGCAUCUACGCUUCACCUGAAAAGAGAAAAUCAUGAUGGCAACGAGCGAAAACUAACCCUUUUUGUGCCUUUUGGAUUGAAACUUUAACAUAAAACAACUCGAAAAAAUAAAGGCUUUUUUAAAAUGAUGUACUUGAGCAGUUGCAAGACAGUUUUUCCUCGGCAGACUGAAUACCAAACUACCUUGUAGAGUACUUUAUAAGCUGGUAUCUGCUAGCAUUGUCAUCAAUACGAGUAAAGCGCUCAGCGGGGCGGGUGAUGUUUUUUCUACGAACGUCAUUCAUUUGUCCAUCCAUUCAUUCCUUAUCCAUCCGUUCGUCCGUCCAUCCAUUCAUCCAGCUCACUCAUUUAUUAGUUUAUUGGGUCAUUCGUUGAUUCCUAUCAGAAAAAAGUCAGUCUAACUAACUAUACCUUGUUACAAAUCGUCUCUGCAAAUAAUCCUCUUAAACGAUUUCUUUUCUCACUUAUCGCCCAUUGCACAGUUGACGACUACGAUUAUCUUUCAGACUCGCGAGAAGCAGGCUCGCACAAAAUCAGCUGAACUUCUGAAGAAAGAACUACAAAAUGAAGAAAACCUUAAAUCUUCGGAAUAUCUAAGUAAAGUAAGUUCAAAGGGAACGGUUUCUGUAUUUCAGUGAAACUGUUUCGCGCGAAUUAAAACCAAACAGACUAUCUUAUACCAUAAAAGGUAACUAACAUUGACUGAAUGGAGAAUUUUUACUCUGUUAAAGAAUGACUUUACUUAACCCCGUCCUGAAACACCUAGUGCCAAGUAGUUACAAGCAAACAAAAUAAAAGAAUGAAGUAAGAGCGUAAUACUGCAUUGCUGUGUAUUAGUGUGGUAUCUAUUGUACAUUGGGUUAUGUAUAUGUAUCAUUUUGUUAUUUUUUAAUGUUUAUGUUGAUUGACAUUCAGAGCUCAUGUGGGAGCCAAAUUGUGAUUAAAUUUCGAACAUGCUUACUGAUACAAGACCAGGAGGGCUACAUUAAAUGGAGGAGUAUAGGUCCAGUCAGAUGCAGGCGCAAACUUCAAGCCAUCUGUCCUAAUCUUAUUGUUUACUUGCUUUCAUUUCAGGUUAAUCUUGCCUUGUCUGUGAUUUACUCACGGCACUUGCUCGCUAUUCUACUGGGAAACUGGUGUGACUGUGGCAUGAUAACCACUGAAUUGAUCGACAACAGUGAUGAGGUACAGCUGAUUGGUCUGCUGGACAUUCUACAAAAACUGGAAAGCAAAGAACUGUUUGAAAAGGUUAGGUUUUACACUCGAGGUGGUGGUGGGAAGGGGCUGGGGGGGGGGGUGGUUGGCGGCUUCAAUCACCUUAUGUUUCGAUGACUAAUGCAGAUUCUGUAGCCCAUGAACUAUAGAAGCCAUGUAGGAGUUUGAUCAUGUAAACGUUUGUCAUAUGUGAUGAUUAUAUGUUCUACUCCUUUCGGGAACAUGGAAUUCUUUUCCCUUAAUAUCGUUUAUGAUUUUUUUUAUAAUCUUCGUAUUUGAAAUGUUAUUUUUGAUUUUGUGUUGUUGUCCUUUUUGUUGAAGGUUGUGAGUUCAGUUGUACGAUAUGGAGACCCCAAACUGGUUCAUCCAUUGUCACUUGCAGCAGCUCACUGUAUGGGUGAAGUGACGCUGUCUUCCGAAACCAGGGAGUCCAGUCAUAACUACCCUAAUGACACUGUGGAUGAGGUGAAGAGCAUACGACGCCAUUAACUCUUAAACAAAAUUUACGAACAACAGCAUAGUAUUCUUAGCCUACGUUGCAGGCGCAUGAGAACUGGAAUUUGCUACUGAAAACGGGCCAUGCGAGGAAAGAGGAGGAUACCUCCCCUUUCGCGCGCGACCUCCUCUAGCGCGCGUAUCGUUUAUCCCUUGUCCCAUAUUUCUUGUCAAUGUGACGCAUACUUCAGGUGAUUUAGUACCUUAAUCUAAGGAUUUAAUACCAAUACCUGGAGAUGUAUUUUAGCAUAUGUGUCGACAGUUCAUUUAAAGAUUACUGUGACUUUACCGGCGAUCAUUACCGUGAGUCAACAGACAAAACUAUGAGAGGCUCAAGUUAGUUUGUGUGUUUUUGUCAUGUGAAUUACGAAACUGCAAGGUCUCUUGUAAAAAUUGUGUUAAACGACAACGAAUUUGACAUGUUUGGUCUUUUCACAGGGAAAAGUGCACAUCCCUGGAGCAGCUACCCUCUUCGUCAAAUUUGAUUCCAGGUACACCAUGCUAGUGUGUUGUGACUUACUUGUGUACACAUUUUCUCUACUCUCGAUAAACAAAAUAUUGAUUUAAUUGUAACACAUCCCGCGCAAUGUGUUCCUUCGUCUACCAUCCCGGAUAGAAUUGGAAUUUGGAAAUGUCAGGUUUUAUUAGCAAAGGGGAAAACUGGAGUACCCGAAAAAAAAAAAAGGACCCUCGGAACAAAGAAAAGAACCAACUCCAAACCACAGACGAAAGAAUGAUAUUUAAAGCUCUGUCGAGUUGAUUUGUUCUUGGAUAUUCCCUAUGCAUAUUUGUUCGGCGAAACCUACCUGGGGCCGGUUGCUCGAAGCCUGGUUAGCGCUAACCGUUGGUUAAGAGGUAUCAAAAUGUAUAGGUUUCCAUGGUAUUUAACGCUGGUUAGCACUAACCAUGCUUCGAGCAACCCGGGCCAGCUGGACGCUAAGCGCAACUCCUUGUAAAAAGGGCUUACAGACAGGCGACUAUUGAUCUGGUCUGGUUAUGUGUAUGUUUGGUUCAAGUCCCAAAACUGACCAACAUCAAAUUUCUGCUAACAACAUCAAUACAUCAUCAAGAUAAAAAGUUAUGAGAAUUAAUGAAGACGAUCACUAAAGGGGGAAGUGUUUUGCUCGUUUAUCAAAUUCUUUCAGCUAAUUCUUUGAGGAAAUGUAUGGUGAUAAGUCUGGGAAAUUUACGAGGAUUUUGGGACUAAGAGGGUUUAAAAAUGUAUUCAGUUUACAAAGACAGCGACACUUUUGAUUUACCAGGUGUGCCACUGAAGAUGGAUGUGACGAGCUUCGGAUUGCUUCAUCUCCUGAUUAUGAACAAAACAGACACGUGUUUUCCGGUCCAAGUAGUCGAUGGAUUGAUGUGGAAAUACCAGGUCUGAAAUUGUUCAGUUCGUUUCUUCUUUUGUCUCUCAAGGAGUAGUAGUUUGAAGAGUUAUUGAACCCAUCAACAGCUAAACUGUCUGUUAACACACAAGACACCUUCGAGGUUUUUUAUUGUAGCAGUAAGUGGAAGGCGUUAUAUGUGAGCGUUAUAAAUGAACAAUAACUUUAACGAGUCUCCACACAGCCUUACGGCGAUACUUCCCGACCUGCUCCUGAAGAGUCAUGGAAUCCAUAGCUAUCGCGUUUGUGAACGCUUAGAUACUGCAUCCUCCUUAAUUUAAUGUAAUUUGUGUUCAAGCCGCUGGACGCCACCGAUAUAUAUCGUACUGUAGAGUGCCAGUGAGAGUCAAAUUGUGAUGAGCGCCAGUGUGUUGGCAGACCACUUAGCACACAACUUUGAUCCCCUGUCUUUCAUUUUGUUUUUAGGUGACACGUUGUAUUACAUAUUCACCUCAGACAACAGUACUAAUGACUGGGGCUGGAAAUUUGUAGUAACUGGAGGCCAACUUGGCAGGUAAUUAUAGGAACAGGACAAACGGAAAACCUACAUGGAAAGUCGUAAAAUUAAAGAAUGUCAUGUUUCAGCUUAACAAAAAGUGUUAAUCAGUGCCUUCCAAUAUUCGCUUUAGAAUGAUGAAGAUGUGUGUAUAGUAGACAAUAGAGAAGCGAGGCGUUUAUAAUAUGUUAGGAUAAUUGUGUGCUUUUACCUUUAGGUUCAAGACUGGAUUCACAGUUCUGAAUGCUAUGCUGUCAUUGGAUAACAAAAUCGCCAGGUAACGUUCCAUAACAUACUGUAAUCCGCUAUUUAAAAGUACAACAUGAGCGAAAACGUACUGUUGCAGUUUGCAGGUCACAUAAUAAAAACUGAGGACCAUGGCGGCAGCUCGCGGGCCGUUGAACGCGCGACAAGUACUGUAGGUGUAUUGGAUUCUAAUGUCGUUUGGUUCUCAGUUAUUUUAUUCUUUCGCUUUCGCUUUUUAUUUUAUUCUGUCGCUUACAUCUUUCUUCUUUAGGUUGUGUUUACCAGCAAAGUUUAGUGCGGAAAUUUUACAACUGGGAUGUCAAACAUAUAAUUGAGAGUGGAAUCCCGGCAAGAAAAUAACGAACGUUGUUUUCAGCACUUCUUGUUAGUGUUUUUGCCCUUACCAGGGCUCAAAGUUUAAAUUUGAGUUUCGGAGCACUUGUGCUACCAGAUGUAAAUUUUUAGGCGCACAACUGAAAAUUUUAGGAGCACAGUUUAUAAUGUUGGGAGCAUCUAUUUCAAAAGAAAAAGUAAAAAGCUCAACAGUGCCACGUUUAUUUGUCAUCUUCAGUUUGUUACUUUUACUUCCGUCCUGUGAUUGAUAAAACACAGCCGAUUUGCUACGCAGUAAUACCGUUGUGAUUUUUAAUACUAAUUUCUCUUUUUGACAGUACAGCUGUGACUAAAGAAAACUUACACUUGAAAAAAAAUUCAAAACUGACAACAACGAGUGUGUCGAACGAGAAUGAAAGUUAAUCUUUAAUGAAUUUGUCAAAUGCGCAAUGACUUACAUGUACCUGGGAUAUGACUUAAAAACUUUCUUACCUGGAAAAAAAGGCUCUUAAUCCGCACUGUUUUUGUUUUGAUUGACCUUAAAACUGAUCGUUCGACAUGAUCGUCCAUUGCGCAAAAAGCACGUGUUUUGUUCGUAGCAUAUAUUUGCAUGUGUCAGCGGUGUUUAUUACAAAACAGAAGAGUCUGGGAUGGAGUAAAACAUCGAAACGAAAAAGAACAUUCGAGUUCGUGGAAUCCAUUUGGAGAAAAGACCAAUUAAACAUACACCGUCUUAUCUGGUUCGAGUUCGUAAGUAUAGUCCGAAGCAAGUCAGUCGCACUGAGCUUUGGGUUUUAUGGCGCACAGGUGCGAUUACACAUGAAUUUUUAGGCGCACAACCAAAAAUCCAGUCGCAUAUGCGACCAGUUGGUCGCUAACUUUGAGCCCUGCUUACCUUGUAACUGUAGAAGAGAGGUUCUACAUAGCAAGACAUUAAAGAGAUGGACGUUUUAGUUAAGAAACUUGGUUUCCAGGGAAGUAUUAACUUAUAGUUAGAUAUGACUAGAUAUUGUUAUAAACCACACUAAUUUCUUUCCCAGAUCCUUGCCUUUAAAGAAGUUAUGGGUGUGGCUUGUCUCAGUAGCCUGCUGUCAGACUGGUCAGCAGAGGCUUAUGGCAACCGGUUUGUUGCUAAGACUUCUGUUGGUUGUCUCUGGGUAAGUCCCACCUCACGUGAUGUAUUAUGUUUGAGUGCAACGCCAUGCAACACGCAGCAACUUAGCAGUCCUAUUAAAAACACAUUGUCUGUUAAAAGAACAGUUGAUAUUAUGAUGUUAGUUCUAUUCAUACGCGGAUGGAGGAGACUCAGGGGCAGUCCGAGUUGGGUGCUGAGAAAAGGCGCCACGAAAGCAUUCUCCCGACUGCCUCAAGGCCUCCGAGGAUGAGUGUUACUUUAUUUUCUGACCCUUAUAGCAGAAAAGUGAGCAACAUUAAUGAGCCUGAUAAAUUAGGGGAAGAGUUAAAUAAUGGAAUGUGAUUUAUUAUACUAUUAAUGUUUUCCGUAGGCAAGCUAGAGAUAGCGAUGGUUCUUGCUCGCCCCCAAUGGAUGAGAGUGAAAGACCUGAUCUGAGUCUGUUGAAGCCCCUUUGGUCACUUUAUACGGGCAUGCUGGAAAAAGAAGGUCAGAAAACAGCAAUCUAACCAGUGAGCUAGGCUAGGUAGACCGACCAAAAUAUGGGAUACUUAUUUUACUCAGAAAGGUCAGAAAGAUGUGUCCUUGACUAUCAACAUUCUCUGUGCGGAUUACCAGUAUUGCAGAUUCAAAAUACAAUCAAUCAAUCAAAGACUUCAUUACUUCGAAUUUGUUGAUAGCAAAAUUGCUAAUUUUGUUCUCGAGUCCAGCGUUCAUUUGUGCAAUGGCGAAAGGAAGAAACUCCAAACUCUUUGAGAACCAAACUUUAUUCUCUUGAUAAUUAACCUUGCCGCAUGUUGGAACUUUCAACUCAUACACUUCGUGAUUCAAGAUGGUUCUCUCUCUUAUGUUCGAAGAUCAGACAUGUUGGUAAAUUUGUCUGUCUGUUUUUUUUUUUUGUUUGUUUCUGUUUUAACAGGAUCUGGUUCAGCUCCAACAUUAGUUCCUCCUGUACUCAGAGGCCUCACGGAACUUUUUCUUGUAGUGGAAAACCUUGCACAGGUCAGACUUCAAUCUUCAUCCGAAAUAAAUUAGAUAAGAAUGGACGAAGUGAUCACCACCUUUUGACCGUGUGGAAUGCAAUCUCUCCCUAAUAAGCUUUGUUUUCUGUCUGUAUAGGAUUGGGGUGUGGCAGAGGACCUGGUCGUUGGUUUUACGACAAUCGAAAGCUUGAAGAGAUGCUUCUCUCAGGUAGAGAAAAAUUCAGUUGCUAAUUGAGAAAUCUCCUGCAGUGGCGGCUGCAGUAUUUUGACAGUAUUGACAGACAUAUGUACUGCAUGUUGUUUCUUGAAGGCUGUUCAAAGGGUUGGUCUGAUCGGUCUUGCCAUUGGACAACCAAAUCAAGCGUCCGAGGCACUUGUUAAGGCUGCAGCUAACCCCCAGAGCAAGCAGGAUGAAGAUAAGAAGGUAUCCGUCAAAAUGAUUCUUAGAAAACGGACCAUGUAUUUAUGAUCCACCCAGGAGCAUAAAUACAUGCUGUUCAAAUAAUGCUUAGCUAUACUCGGCACAAGAUCACCUCUCAUUCGAGAAGGGCAGGAUUAUAUAAUGAAAAUACGUUUACUUCAUGUCGCAUAAACCCAUCUCUCAUUGGCUGGGUACCUGUGGCUGUCACUCUACAACUGAUAGAUAACAUUUGCUUUACUACUAAUAAUUAUAAACUUAAUUAAUCAAUAGAUUUUAAGUAACGUUGUAGUCUCUGGUAAUUUAUAAAUACAGAGUAUGACUGAAAUCAGCUUGCUGAGUCCGUUUCAGCAAGGUAAACACGGUAAAUGGCACUGACUGUGUAUAAAUAAAAUCAAUUAUAUUAUAAUUAUUGUGUUUGUAAUGUUAGGCGAUUAUCCUUUUGGUAUUUCUUUUGGCCAAAUCUUAUAAUGUUAACCUUGUAUUUCCUAUAGGAGAAGUCCAAAUCAGACGCGGCAGUUCG